AUGGCCUUGAAGCAGGAGGUGCAUAGCGUGGUGGCUAGGAGUACUUACCUCCAGCUCUAGCUGAGAAGAAGAAGAGUUUGGAUUUGAUAUCCCGCCUUUCACUCCCCUUCAGGAGUCUCACAGCGGCUGACAUUCUCCUUUCCCUUCCUCCCCCACAACAAACACUCUGUGAGGUGAGUGAGGCUGAGAGUGUGACUGGCCCAAGGUCACCCAGCAGCUGCAUGUGGAGGAGCGGAGACGCGAACCUGGUUCCCCAGAUUACGAGACUACCGCUCUUAACCACUACACCACACUGGCUCUCUGAAUCCAGUGUUGUCAUUAGAAGUUCAAGUGGCUAGGAGUACUUACCUCCAGCUCUAGAUGGUUCACUAGCUACUCCUGGACCAGGAUAGCCCAGCCACAGUAAUCCAUGCCCUGUCAACCUCCCAGUUUACUGUAAUGCACAUUAUAUGGAGCUACCCUUGAAGAUAGUCCGGACCAAGGGGAAGCAGUUAUGCCAGAUUGAUUAACGCAACCCUCAAGUUUUUCUGCACGAUAACAGCAACAUCUGUGACAGCCUACACAACUCAUAGCUGUGUUUGCUAAACCAGAGAUAACUGUUCACACGAAUGUGGUGGCCUGGGGUGUUGCUUUUCUGAAUCCUGAUGAUACCGUUUGCAGCAGAGGAUGGGCAAAGGAGCAGCCUCUGCUUUCAGUUCCGAGCAAAACCAGAGAUGUGCAAAGUGCUGUUUUAGCGCACGCGCAUGCACACAGCACUAUUCCCCUCACAACUAGAGUCCCAGGAUUCACAGCAACAUUUAAAGGCCCGCUCUUCAAUUGUUACUUGCAAAGGAAGAAUUUUCCUUUUCCUUUUUUAAAGCAAUAGUUGCAGGUUCUCUUUGGGAUUGCCAGUGUGGCACCCUUCAGAUAUAAUGCCUGACAACUGGACAUGCUGGCUGGGGCUGGUGGGAAUUGCAGUCCGAGGCUAUGUGCCUCUGACAAGCGUACUGAGUAUGUGAGCUCAUUCAGUUACCUAAACAUUAGUCAGUGUGCAGGACUGGUGCGCUGCGGAUGAGACUACGUCUCGUUAUUAGGGUGGCCACUUACGCAUUGCCAAAAAAGGCACAACCAAAAGACGAAAUUGAUCUACAUGAGCUAAAACAUGCAAAUUUAGAAAUGUUGUAAUUUAAAUAGGACUACAUCUCUGUGUGGAACAAGACUCUGAACAAGUGACUUGCAUAUCUGCUCAGUCUGCUGCCCAUGUGCUAUUUAUUGAUGUGCACCUUCAGAGCCCCUGCUGCUCUCCCUUCUUAAGGUUUUAUAGGUUUGGAUAGGACUUAGGUGUGGGAGCCUUGCUCCCAAAUAGAAGACGUAAGGCCAUAGCAACAGCCUGCUGGAUCAGGCCUAUGGCCCACCUAGACCAGCAUCUUGUUUUCACAGUGGCCAACGAGAUGCCUCUGUAAAACCCUGCCAUCAUGGCUAGUAGCCGCCGAUAGCCCUGUCCUCCCUUAAUGCGCCUAAUCCUCUUUUAAUGUCAUCUAGGUAAGAUCCCAGUGGGAAUCAUCAUUCAGGAAGCAAUGAGGGUUUUCUUAUUCCUCUCCAGCAGGUGUCGCUUCCCACCCCCUGCAUGCAGCCAUAACCCUUUUUUCGCCACCCCACCUGCAGGGGGCGCUACUAAACGCGCUCCCGUCGCUCCCUUUUUCCUCCAGGGGGCGCUGGCCCGUGUCACGUUUACCGCCCUGCUAGAAACGCUCGAAUUAAGACGACGUUCGCGAUUGGUGGGCGACCCCUUGCAACGAUGCGGCAGGAUGAGAGCUUUGCUGUGAUUGGCAGACCGAGGUCCCCGAGUUCUGCUGGCCCGAAGGCAUAUAGUGUGUGGGGUCUCUCUCCCCACAGAUUUGAAGCCCCCCCUCCCUGAAUUUUCCGUUUUAUUAUGUAGCCUGCGUAGUCAUCCCGGAGCUGUUUUCGGCGUCAUCCCUUAAAAUAAGCGUGGCGGCGUACCAAUCAGCUCGCGGCCCCGGCUGCGGUUGCUAGGCAGAUUAUGGUAAUAAGUCUGGGCAACCUCUCCCCCCCUCCCGCUCUGCAGCUACCAUUGUGAGGUGAGGACAGGUGGGCGGGUUUGGUUUGCGGCGGGCCCUGGGAGACGGUCCGGACACGACACCGCCACUGAACCCCCUCAGGUAAUGCGAUGGGACGGCCCGAGUAGGGAGCGCGUGCCGGGGCUCCCGCAGGGCUCCGGCAAGGGUUUUGGGGGUUGUUGUUUUAGUCGCACCCAAGAUGGCGCCGGGACCGGGACAAACCGUUCGCUCCCGCGGGUGGGGGAUAAGGGUUAGGGCGCUGUCAUUCCCCCCUCCCUGCCGGAGAGGUACAGUCCGCUCCCCCCUCCCCGCCCUGAUCGGGAUACCCCAUCCGCCCCGGACGGGGGGAGAAAGGGCUGCCCCCGUCUGCGCCUAUCCCCCCUCCCCGCUUGGUAUAGUCCGGGCCCCAGCACCUCACUGGAGCAGGGGGGGUGUCGAAGCCAUUUUAAUGCCCCCUUCCCUCCCCAACACUUCCACCCACCCCACCCGAGGCAGCUCUUUUCCCCUCCCCCGUGGUUGGAUCAUUCUUCUCGGCGGCUUGUGCAACUCGUCCCCCACUUAAACACCUCCGCACGGUGCAGGCUCAAUCUCCUCUCUCUCUCUCCCCUCCUAUCGCCCAGAGUGGUUGAGACGGCCGCGGGUGGCCGUUGGGCGCGAGCGGAUGGGCCUUACUGACGCCCUCGCGCUGGGGGCAGGCGAGGGGGGUAGCCGGAGGCGCCCGAGGCGCGGAACUGAUUCUUCUCUUUGAUUGGCUGCAGACUUUUGCGCGCCUCUCGCGUCUUAGGCUGCGCGGGGCAAGAGGGGGGGGGAUGGGCCUGCACGAGGGGCAAAAAGGCCUCUCGCUCAGUGUCCUCUUCCCGCUUUUUUUUUUGCCACUAGUUGACUUGAUGUGUGGUAAAAAAAAUGCCCUUCACGUUUAAUACUGGUUGAAUGACAACGUCCAUUUCGUCUCUAUAUGACAGCAGGGGUGGUGUUGGUGUUAAAAAGUGGUCAGCUAUAUGGCACCCAUUUUGCCACAGUUCUAAGCAAUUGUUGGAGGCUGGGUUGUAGUAAAAAGUUUCCCUGCCACCUGUGUGGUUGGUAAAUCUGCCCAUUAAAACCUUUUCUUGCUAUCUGAUAGGGUUGAAAGUGAUGGCUAUUUUACCACACAUCUCUUCACGCACAUUGGCCACGGUCAUACCAUCUGACAGAAUUGAUACAAAUCCCAUUUUAGUGUUCCAUUGGUUUCACACUUUGGCACGUGGUAAAAACUUCCCUUUCCAUUGUGAAUUUGAAUGAGACAACCAUUUUACCACACAUUUCCACUGCACGUGAGCAGUUGGUGUGCGGCAACAAAUUUUCUUCCCAUUUGUUAAGGAUGAAUUGGACGUCUGACUUGCUCCCAUUCUUUUAUUUGUUUACACAAUACAAAUUUCUGAGGGUAGCUCACACAAGUGAUUAGGAAUAUGCCAUGCUUGUUCUACAACAACUCCUUUGGCUUUCAUCUGAUGUGGCAGUUGGUAUGUGUUUAAAAAGGAAUGGUGCAGAUGAGCAAACCUUUGAAUUGCAUAACGGCAUUUUAUUUGGAUAGUUGGAAAAAAUUUCCUUACCAUUCAGUUAGGGUUAAUGCAGGUGGGCAAACUUUCCUCAGUAUUUUACUACACUUUACCCCACAUUACCUAUUAUCAUAUGAGUUUCCUACUGCUUGACCUGCUUGUUUCCAUCUCUCAUUGCCAAUGGUUCUCUUAGUGUUUCUGCAGAAUACCUGCUUCCCGUGGUGCUAUGCGAUAAAUGCUGUAAAAUCUGAAUGGGGGCCGCAUGUCUGUAAAUACAUUAAGUCAUACAUGUUCCUAUAGAAUACUUAAAUUCUGCCCUAUAGCUCCAAGAUGCACUUAAAAGAACACAAAAGCCUGCUGGUUCAAUUCAAAUGCCUGUCUAGUUCAGCAGCUUGUUCUCAUGGGCCAUACACAGAUGCCUAUGGGAAACCCACAAGCAGAACCUGAGCGAAACAAGUGCUCUUGGACCCACAAUUCCAGCAACUAAUGGAGCUGUACUUCCUCCAACUGCGGAGGUUUAAAAAAAGUAAGGUGGGAAGGGCGGUGCAGCAAUAAGCCUAAGCCUUAAACAUUUAAAAGCGUUUUAAAAAAUGGAGUUAAAACCAUAAAACUUAACUAAAAGCUAGUGGUCGCCAUCUUGUCUUCUGACUGUGGAGGUAGAACAUAGCCCUCAUGGUUAGCUACUGAUAGCCUCCUCCAUGAAUUUGUCUAAUCUUUUAAAACCACCCAGUUUGAUAGCCAUCACUACUCGUGGGAGCAAAUUCUGUAGUUUUAGUUGUGUGCUACGUGAAGAAACUGCUCAAAGCAGCACCCAAAACUUUCCCAAAAUCUCACUCAAAUCUAGGACAGGAACAGAAUUGACAUGGUGUCCAUAUAGAACCAGGAUAAUUCACUCAGCAUUUAUUGUUUUCAUCCUUGUUCAUGCCAGGAAGCAGCUCCCACCAAAACUGAGUGGGGCUGAGUACUGUACGUAUCUGGAUCUCACUCCACCUGUGCUGAAAGCCAUCUUACCUUGAUGGUAGUUGGCAGGCAACAUAGUAAUCCUCUCUUUGACACAGGAAGCAGGGAGUAUAAAACAAAACAUUGGCAUGCAGAGCUUAGUCACUCACUGUGUAUAAAUAUAACCUGUUGAUAAUGAACAGGUUGAUUUUUUGACCAGAUGUCGUCAGCUUCUGUGAUGUAUGGUUGCUACAGCAACUGUGCUACCCCAUGGCAACCACCUGACAACUUCCACAGCAGAAAUGGGGGCAUUCAAGUCAAUGGCAGUAUGGAAUUGCUAAGAUGAGCUAUUUUGUUCAAAUAUUCCAAUACCGUAAUUCAAUAUCGGCUCAUUAGUACUUGCACAUUUUACUGCAGUCCCUGUAGUAUUGACAUAAACUGGGUGUGUCACCACCCACAAAGGGAUACAAGGCAUCUUGGGAAGUGGGGGAGCAGGUGGUCCUUAGAAGCUGCAGCAGGGUGGCAUGAGUUGUGGCACUUCCAUGCAAGCGCGUGAUUCAGUUGUACAAUGCAAUUUGGGGAGUCGGGGAAGAGCUUAUGAUAAAAAGGCAGAGCUAAGGUGGCAGAUACAACAGGCCAGUUUUUUAAAACAUAAACCAUGUUUGCAGUGCAAGAUGCAGUUUUACCCAAGGGGUCCAUUCUGAAUGUCAUUGUGAUUGACACUGAAUUUGUUUUCUACUUUGAUUCCAAUACUAGCUGUAUAUGGCUGGUGCCAAAGAACUGUACAGUGGUGAGUUAUAGCUUCAUCCAUAGAUCAUCAUAGCCAAUGAUUGCUUUCUGUUCAGUACCUGAAGCCCAGGUUAUGCGUCACUGGCAUGGUGUUGGUCACAUGAUUUACCAGUUUGUGUUGGGCUGUAGCCAUACUUGGUAUGUUUUUACCAUAAGUUCCUCCACCACCCCUGAUUUGUUCAUGUCCUACCCCUGCCAUUGCCCCAGUGGGCUUAUCUUUCUUAUUCCAAACAAAAUAAAAAAAUUCCUUCCAGUAACACUUCAGAGACCAACUAAGUUUGUUAUUGGUAUGAGCUUUCAUGUGCAUGCACGCUUCUUCAUACCAAUAACAAACUUAGUAGGUCUCUAAGGUGCUACGGGAAGGAAUUUUUUUAUUUUGUUUCGACUACAGCAGACCAGCAUGGCUACCUACAUGUAACUUUCUCAUUCUAGUUUCCUUUAUUUUAAAGUGAUAUGAUGCUUUCUAAACAUCUGGCUAUUAAAGAAUUUUAUAAGUGCAUUCAGAAAGUGAGUGAUGGCCUAUGCCAUCUAUCCAUGUUAAGUACCCCAUUAUGUUCUUAGUUCCAAGUCUCUUUAAUGGAAAGAGAAAUUACAUUGAUUUCAGCAUCUCAGUUUCAAUCACUAGCUGCCACCAUGUAUUAACCUGCACAUAGUGGAUAUACUCAGAAUUGUUCUGUGUCAUUUUACUUUUUGGAUAUUUUUGUUCAUUUGGGGAAAAUAAAGCCAUUAUUGGAUCUGCUGUCUUUUGGGAUAGGUUGAAUGCUUUUCAUAGAAUUAUCUUGAGAGGGGGAAAGUGAACCAUAAAUUGCCACAAUUGAAACAUAUAGAUAGGACAUUUCUCCCCGGGUGCUGAAUGUGGAAGAUGCAUCACGAUUAAUACUGUACAAAAAAGUACAUGUUCACUACAGUCGGUUUCUUUUAGUUACAAAAAAACAGUAUCUGUUUGCUACAAAUGGCAGUGAUCAAGGUUCUUGCUCAUUCUAAUCCCCUCUUAUGUAGGAUUACAUGAAUUUGUACCAAUACAUGGCAAGAAGCAAGACUCUGUGUACUAAAUUAUGCAUCAAAGUAACAGAAAUUGAGUCAGGCAAACCCAUGUGUCACAUCUAUGGUCCCUGGGGACCCCCAGGAUAUUCCAAGGGGGCCAAAGGUGAAAAUCACGUAAAUGGGAGGCCAUAGCACAAGGCUAGGGGGACACAGAGGGAAGUGACGGGGAGAGGGGAAUCAUUUUUUAAAUUAAAAGAUAUCCUGACUGCCUGGCUAUCCGCUUGGCCAAUCACAAGUGGGUAAGGGGGUGGCCCACCAGCGCCUAGCGCUCCUUUUUGCCACGUGCAUUUCAUUUGAGCUCCUGGUUUGUUUCCGGAGGGAGUGGGCAAUUGCUGAGACUCCCAUUUUGACCAGUAGAGCCCACGAUCCAGAACCCCUACGUCAAGUAAGUGUGGUGGUGGUGUGGCAAGGGGUAGGGCUGGGUGAGCCAGAGCUGCUUGUUGCUGCCACGAGAGCUGGGCCUGGUGGCAGCCUGGACUUGACUCACUAGGCACUGCAAUCCACCCCAGCGCCCAGUGGAUCAGGCCCCUUGGAUGUUGCCAGGGGGCACAGGGCCCGUCAGUAGCGUCAGCUCGGCUCUGCAAGGCGCGGGGUGAAAUCCACCCCAGCGUCUUGCCAAGUGGGGUUGUCGGGUGCUGCUGACUUGCAUCUAGUAACUAACCAGAAGAAAGUCACACUGAGUUCUGUGGAUCUUACUCCUAGGUAAAGGUGCAUAGGACUAUAGUGUUUUAUCUAGGCAGCCAGGGCUCCUCUGGAUGACAAGAUCUUUUAGUACCAGGUCAGUGAGGACAACUUGCUUUUUAAAAUUCUCCCAUAUAUGCAUAACUCCUUGUGAGCCUUUUGGACUGUAUCUGUAGGUUUCCCCCUCUGUGUGAAAUAAAUGGGGUCAGUUAAGUGGUGUUUCCUUUUUGUAAUACAUGGAAGAUAGAUCUCCCUUGGGAGGUUCUGGACUCUCCUUCCUUGGAGGUUUCUAAGCAGAGGUUGGAUGGCCAUCUGUCAUGGAUGCUUUAGCUGAGUUUCCUACAUUGCAGGGGGUGCACUAGAAAGAUGACCCUUGCAGCUCUAUGAUUCUAUGUUUUUCUGCUUCGACAAUAUUUCAUUAUGUUCCUAUCAUUUUAUGUAAUUGUAUUUUGUAGAAAUGAUAAAAAUUAUGAAUAAAACACGUUCUGUUUACAAACAAAACAUUUAAAUAGUUUCCUUUCUACCGGUAUGACGGAGUGGGGGGCCACAGGAAGGAAACAAGGUCGGAAGGGGGCCAGGGUCGGAAAAAGGUUGGGAAACACUUAUCUAGAGUAUAUUGUUAUGAGUGGGGGGUGGGGUGGAAGAUAGGACAAAGCUUGAGUUUAGAGUUGAGUUGCAGUGAUGCGACGUAGAAGGAAGGUAGCAAGCUAGAGAGAGUCAGAGCAACAUUUGAGAGCAAUGUUUGAUUUCGGUUUUAAUCCAAGACUGUAGCUGUGGGAGAAACAAGACCCUUUCAGGGUGUUAACCCCUCCAUCACAGGCACAGGUUGUAUAUAUUUGUAAAUAAACCAUGUCAUAAAGACACGCCACAGUCUCCGCUGUGCCUCAUUCCUAAAGUAAACACAAAUGCCUGUUAAGCACCUGGAACCCCUAGAAUCUCACACUGUGCAGAGAUUCUGGUGGCGUUCAACAAUAUUAUACAAAUUAAGCAAACAUGCAAAUAGCUACGAAUACUGCAUCAUUUAUUUUGCUAUCAAGAUUCUAGAUUUUUCAAGAAUUUGGAAUAGUGAUUAGUACUAUAGGAAGUACAAUGGGGGAAUGCAAUAGGAGAGCUGUAGGAACAGAAGUCAAUGUAAAAAGGUAAAGGUAACCCUGACCGUUAGGUCCAGUCGCAGACGACUCUGGAGAAACAGCUAUACAGUAUUUGAGGCACUGAGUACAGUAUCUGUGUUCAGGAGCGAUUUGGCACCUCUGGCUGAAACACUUCAGCAGAACAGGGAGAGACGUCUACCUAAGAUCCUAAAGAACUCCACCCAGUCUAGUACCACAUAGAUCUUUGGUCUAAUUGGAAAUAAGGCAGCUGAUGCUUUUUCUUUUUUCUUUUUGCCAUUAUGGGCUGUGUUCGGGCUAAUAUGUACUCAGUGAGCACACACAGUUUUAAAAAAAGUUAUAUAUAAGCAAACAGAACAGUACUUAUUGUCAAGACAGUGGCAAUAACAUAGCAGAGACUUGGGCCCCAAAAUUUUAGCUUAACCUGAGGCCUUCCUUUCCUUCAAUAGUUUAUCUCUGGAUAGAAUCUAAGAAUGAGUAGGUAUAGAUCAGGGGUCGGCAACCCGCGGCUCCGGAGCCGCAUGUGGCUCUUUUACACCUUUGCCGCGGCUCCGACACUCCCCACUCCCCACAGCGAGGGGAGGAGGCGCAUUGUGCGCCCCGACACUCCCCACUGUGGCGGGCGCUGUACAGGCUGUGACGUCGCAUGGGGGCAGUGCGUACGUUAGUCACGCACUGUCCCGACGUCACCUUCCCGCCCGCUGUCAGAUCGGAGGACAGCGGCGCGCAUGCUUUAAAUGUCGCAAUGGUUUUGCGGCUCCCAGUUUUUUUCUCUUCGGAAAUGGGUCCAAGUGGCUCUUUUUGUUUUAAAGGUUGCAGACCCCUGGUAUAGAUGAAGGGCAAUGAUCUGUUCAAGAUACCAAGGAACUAAUUUCUUACCACUGGAAGUCCUCCUUAGCCCUUCUUUGUGUUUCUUGGAUUUUACUAGUCACUUGCUGCUUGCUUUAGAUUUCUGCAGCCAUAAUGUGUAGAAGUGUACUAAAAAGAAAAGGACAGCAAACAUACCUGUCCACAUGCCAUAUACUGUGAUGCAGUUAUACAUAUGAAUGGAAUUUACAAAAACCUGAAUAAAAAGGGGUGCUUAGCAAGUGUAUAGGAUCCUAUGGGAAAGCCAUUGAAUGGCCAACACAUAAAUGAAAUUUGAAAAUAUUUUUGGUCAGGGGCUUUUAUGUUGUUGGUAUUACACACACACACACACACACACACAAAAAUUUUUUUUUGCUAUUGUGCUGUUGCUAUGUAGUUUUACCCUGAGUUGGGCUGCAGUCCUAAACACACAUGCUUCAAAACUCAUACCUGGUUACAAACAUACUGAACUCAGUGGAGAUAACCUCUGAAUUGACACCUAUAGAUUGCACUGUUAAGCACUGAUUUGCUGUUGUAGCACGUUUGAAAACAGAAUGACUAGGGCAAAAAUAUACGUCAUUUACAUAACGCUGGUGGGUGGUGACAUGUCUGUAUUUCCCCAGGUAUAUGCUUUAUAUUAAAUUGUGUAAACCUGCUGGCUGUUGUUUGGAUCCAUGCAAAAUAAACCCAUUAUGAUUUCCUUCACAUUAACUUACCCGGUAGUAGUCAAGCACAUUUCUAAUGUGUUUCUGGCCACCUGCAGUCCUUGCCAGCUGUGCAAACCAAAUUGUAACGAACUUGCAAAGGCAGCUGCAGUGCAAGGCACUUUUAAGACCAGGGGUUUAUUUAUUUUUAUCUGUGGAGAAUGUUAAUAGCUCUGCUUACCAAUUUUGUGUGCUGAAUAAGUAAUAAAAGAAGAAAGAAAUUGUUGGAGAGUAAAUUAAAAGUGUAGCUUUCUGUACUAAAUAGUUACCUUUCUUCUUUGGCAAAUCCUGUGCAAAUGAGAUAGUUUAGCAGAUGUAAUUAUUUUGGAAUCAUUGAGUGUGUCUGCUUCUUGAAGGGAAAUUGUUCCCAUUGCCUGUUCUAGAUGUUCAAAUGACAUGAGCUGAAUCUCUUGCAAUCAUGAAAUUGUGUGAAAGUAAUGAGGGGAUUGGAGAGGUGGGAAGAAGUGACUAGCAAUUUGCUUUUCAAUGGAACUGAGCAGAGCAGGAGUAUGAAUGUCCUAAUCAUGCAUUGCAUUAUUGGAUUUGAAGGCUUUUAUUGUAUAAUAUAUUGUUAUAUAACUCUAGCAGCAGUCCUAAAGUUUGGUCGGAUAGAAAAAUGGACUUCCCUCUUUCUUCAUUGAUUUUAAGGGAAGCUCAACAGAAGUUGGUACCUUUUCCUUGUCAUCUUGAAGUGAAUUAGAGAAAACAAGUGAGACCUACAACAAUAAAAUAGAUUUUGUGGUGCAGUCUGUACAGUGCUUGGAAAAUCUUAGUCAUUUGGUCCAUCUUAUGUAAUGAUAACACCAGUGUGGUGUUAGCCAGCCUAUCAUUCCUUCUUUCAAAAUACUUUAUUCCAUCUCACCAAAGAUACUCAACAUUCUGUAGCCACUGAGCAUGCUCAGUCAUGUCUGUACUAUUUGGGGAUGAUUUCCACCCCUACUUAGAUUUUCAUUCUUAAAUAUUUUCUUCUUCUGCAAACUUUGGCCUUCCCCUGGGCACAUUCCUCUCUUUUUUCUUCUGGAGCCCCAUUUUGACUACUGUACAUAGAAGUCUUAGCACCUGAGUUUGCUAUUAGGGUAGAUGCUUCUCUCCCCUCCUGUAGAAUAAUAAUUUAGGCACUUUUAUAAUACUGAUAUGAGCAAUAUGCUUCAACAUCAUAGUAGUGCUCUGCAUCUAUAAUUGCCAGGUCCCUAGCAUUCCAUCCCAACAGAAUACAAGUGGGACUAUGCAGAUCUGAUCUGAUUGGUGUGGAAUAUCUUUUAGGAUGGGAGGGUGGCGCUGUGGGUUAAACCACAGAGCCUUGAACUUGCCAAUCAGAAGGUCGGCGAUUCGAAUCCCCGCAACGGGGUGAGCUCCCAUUGCUCGGCCCCUGCUCCUGCCAACCUAGCAGUUCAAAAGCACGUCAAAGUGCAAGUAGAUAAAUAGGUACCGCUCCGGCGGGAAGGUAAAUGGUGUUUCCGUGUGCUGCUCUGGUUUGCCAGAAGCAGCUUAGUCAUGCUGGCCACAUGACCCGGAAGCUGUACGCCGGCUCCCUUGGCCAAUAAAGCGAGAUGAGCGCCGCAACCCCAGAGUCGGUCACGACUGGACCUUAAUGGUCGGGGUCCCUUUACCUUUACCUUUACCUUUUAUCUUUUAGGACAGUGGACUAUCCCCUCAUGAUUCAAAUGCACACUUUAUUUAUGACAUAUAAAUUAAUAGCUGCCAAUUGUUCUUACGCAGAAAAGCAAAGUGCUGCACUGGGGGACAAUAGCAAUGGGUCUGAAACCUGCCCACCACACCUGAUACUGAAUGGCCGGGACACUUAAGCAGGGAAGUUGCCUGGGAAGUUUCAGUGCAAAUUGGUACGCAGUUCACAUAUUGCUCCUUCAAAUACAUACACUAUACACCAUAAAUAUAUGCACUAUAUAUUGUUCUCUGCAAGUAUGUACACUAUGAACACCCAUCCUGUGACAGCACCAGAAAAAAAAUUGGGAGGCACAGAAGGGGCAAAGUACAUUUCUAGGUGCACAAGUUGUGUCCCACAUGUUAAGAUCUCUGAAAGAAAAGAAUCUAUCAGUAAUGAGUCCAGCAAUGGGUGGGCAGGGUGUGUGUGAGCUCCUUGUUUGGGGAAGUGCUUGCCUCCCUCUGGUGCCACCAACAACUCUUAUCUGUACCUUACCUGGCAUAAUUUUGCUAGUAACUGUUAGUAUUUGAGGGGUGGGAUGGAGAAAGAAUUUUGCUAAUGGUUAAUAGUUCAAAAAUAAUCUCUGCAUGACAAAGGAGGGUUUUGUCCCACUAAUCUGCUAAACACAUAUGGAUAACAAUUGGCUUAACUACCUGAAGCCAUUUCCUGCUACAGACAGCCUCCACUGUUUCAAUCUUGUGUCCAAAUUCUCUUUCUGCCCCACUAAUGAUAUAUAAUUUCUGCGGUUGUAAAUGCCUGAUUUCAGCUAUCCAGCCAAAAACCACCACCGCCAGUUUCUUGAAAUAAUAGGUGUGCCUGAUGAAUGACAAUGCAGAAAGGAGACAGCAGUCAUGACCCAGUAGUCAAUGAGGCUAUAAACCUAUAGCACUUUGCUGCCAUAUCCUUGUCAAAAGCUCUCAGGAAGUACACUGACUUCCCCUCCUGUACAUACUGUGAUAAUUAAGCUAAGUGUGGGAUGUAGCUUUUUGCAGGCGUUCGUGGUGCUGCUUCUAAGCACAAUGAACCACUUUGAUCUGAAAGUCUGCACAACGACCUGGAGCAUAAUUCUAUACAAAACUUGCCUCUCGCGGUAAUCUUGCAGCCUUUGCAUAUGGCUUGUGGUGAAAGAGCAUUCAGGGCUUGGCAGCAGCGACAUAAAACGCAUAGCAAUUGCUGAAGUUGCUCCAGGGAGCUCCAACCUGGGUGCCUGCUCCUCUGUAUCCCAGGGCUAAAUCAAGUACGGUAAAUCCUUCACUGUGCGGAUAUUGUGAACAGGCUUUGACAUAAAACAGUGGCUUUAUGACAUUGGGCAGAAGACUGAUGAUCUGCAUUGUAAGGUGUUUUUCCAAACGUAUCUGCAUGCCCCAGAUGUACCAACAUGAUUUUCAUAUAUGGUGAUGUGCAGAGGUGCACAUUGCAUUCCCUCAUACAGAUAGCCCAUGCCUUUAAUAUUCCAUAUGCUUUCUUGUUAAUGUUCUUUACUGAGACUCUCUGUGUCCUGGGAAUACCCAAUUUAGGGACAGUUUUAGGCCACGUGGUUACAUGUCUUGUCUUUUCUAUGAUUAAUGCAAAGGAAAUUAUAUUUUCUUAGGGAAUUGCCUAGGAGAAUAUUCCAAAAUCAUUUCCAGACAAAUUGUCUUCAUAUAUUACACCUAGCUACCAAAAGUGGUUUUGCCAAGGGCUACCCACUGUGGGAUUGGAACAAGGCCUAGACUAGAGGCAGAAGCCUUCACCUCGUUGCCAACUUGGAAGGCAUGAUAAGGGAUCAGUGCCCAGAUUCUUAUGAUGGUUAUGGAAUCUUCAUGGCCCUUAUUGACUGAGAGCCCCUAAUAGCAUUCUCUCUGUGAGCAGAACUAGCUAGCACACUGGAAAAUAAAUCCUGUGACAAUUUGGUUGCCCUCUCUAGCCCUAUCCUCCCUUGUUUAUUCCUCACCAUACCACUGGACUGCCUCAUCAUCAUUGUGUGGAUCCCACUGAGACCACCCCAACUGCCAACUGCUGAAUCUUUGGGGAGUUCUUGGUUGUUGGCCCAGCUUCUGAAAGGUUCCUUCUUUGAUACUUGUGUGGCAUCAGAACAAAGUCACCAACAACCCUAUAAAAGUAAUUUCCAGGUAGGGAAAUUAAGUGGACAUAUGUAUACUGGGGAGUCCAUUGGCUGUGGCCCCAUGAACAUGCCCACUGCAUGUACUAGCAUGCAAUUUCAUACCAUACUGCUGCAUACAGAAUUGUGAAUUAUCCCUAAGUUGUAAUAGAAGACACAGGUUUCUAUUAAGGAUAGCGGGAUUUUUAAUUUAUUUUUUACUGCAUCAUCCUUACCCCUGUGCAAAGCAUUACAUCCUUUCAAUUACAGAUUUAUUUAUUUUUUAAAAGCAGAAUUAUCCACUCAAGAAUAUUUUAACAUGAAUCAAAUAGACUCACCAUAGUACUGGUUUUCUAGUUCCCACUGAGAUUAGGUUUAGAGAUCUAAGCUCACAGUGAAGGUUUCUUUAUUUAUCACUUGUGAGCUGUGACUCUUUGAAAGAGAAAUGGUGUUUCUGUAUAAUUGCUAUUUGGUGUGGCAAAAGGUUCAUUUUUCAUUCUCCAGUUCAGACUCUCAUCAGUUCAAUAUAUGUCUGAGCAGAUUUAUUUUCCAACAAAAUUUCACAAAAAUAGAAGAUUAGUUAAGCCUGCACCUGAAUCACUAUAAAAGCAGUUUAUUGCCUAGUAGGUGCUUUUGAAAAGGAGCUGCCUAAUGCAUUUAUCUGUUCACCAGUAUCUGCACUGGAGAGAGAAGUCUUUUCUUUCAGUGGUCCUAGUUUAUUUAUCACUGAAACAGAUAGUACACUUCAGUUUUUGAAGACAUAGAUGGAUCUUUGUUUACUACAUCAAAAGAGAACUGUAGGACUUCAUUGUCAUCCACUGCGAUGUAGCAAAGCUUUUGCUGUUCCUUAAUUUCAGUGUUCUGUAAUAGACCAACUUCAAAAGCCAACCUGUCUUGCCAUUCACAAUGUAAGUUGACACUGAAAGAAGUCAUCUUGAAAAGGGAGGGGCAACAUCUUUUGCCUCCCAAUAGUAUCUUUGGGACAGGUAUUUUAGGAGAACAUGGCAGCCUAGCUGGCCAUUUGUAGAAGGCGUUCUAUACCACUGGAAAUGCCAGGAAAAGUGGUUAAACCCAAGGAAAGGAGAUAUUGCUGCUUUUACCACCCUCACACUACUGUAUUAACUUUUUCCUACCGCCCUAACACAGCUUUCCACCCCCCACGUGUAUAAUCAAUUUUUAUUAAAAGUUUUCCACAUAAGAUACAAUAAAAAUCACACUAAUCUAAAAAGGAAAAAUAGAAAAAAGAUGAAGAAAGGAAGACAAUAAAGAAAGAGGAAAACGAAAUUGCAAAGUCCUGUAUCAAAAUUAAGUCUUAACGCUUAUUCCACGCUCUUUCAGUCCCAGUAUCCACAUCCCAUUUGCUGGGUAGGUUUCCAAUGAUAAUUAAAGCUUUGGAUUAGCACGACACAAAACAGACAACUGCUGGUAAUUUUUUACAGUACAAGGCCUAGAACUCUACAGAGAUUUUCUGCCAGAGCUAGACUAGGGCUGUGGGUGGCUGUGUCUUACUCUAGGGUUCUAAGCUUACACCUGCAGUGCAAUAGGCAGAAGCUGUUCCACAAGGCAAAGGCAAAAGCAAAGACAAAGACAAAGACAAACUCCUAUUACUCUAUCAAACCUGGCCAAAUAAAGAUGACACACACCUUCUGUUUCUAAAGAAGGGCCCGAGGGCAGAGCACACACAGUCUGAGAUGACUCACAAAGCUAGGUCCAAGCUCCAGAGCAGUUCAAGCACAGCCUCACCGGUACUUCUCAACUUUGAGAUGCUCUUUUGGGAAAGACGAGGAGAAAAUUCUAUUCACUUUUUGUGUCUUCGGAUACAGCCAGUUUUGUGCAGUAUAUUAUGUUGAGAUGUUUGUACCUAGUGCUAGAGUUUGUCUGGAAGGGUGAUUUUGGAUGCUUCUAUUGGGUGUAGAAUCUUAAUGAGGGCCAUAUCACAUAUGUCCAAUAUCUUGCACAUGUGUCAUUUCCAGAGUAGAAACUGCAUCUCACAGUGUAAACUCUGAGAUACAUUUGUCAUUUUGCAGCAGGAAGCCCUGAUUGGUGGAGGUCUCCUAUGGUGUGAAGCUGUGAAGAAACACUUGUGUGUGUUGGUUGAUCAGAACAUAUGUUGUUUCCCAUAUGGAAAUUAAUGCUCGUGUUGGAAUUUGUCACAUGUGAGGUGGCCCAGAGAUAGCAGUGUAAACUGUGUAGGAUCAUUGGCAAUGAACAUGGAGAUGCCCGUGUUGUUUCUGGAAACGGGUAGCUGUAUCUCCACUGUGCUUGACUUCUUGGUCCGUUUUUGCAUUGUGAUACUGUAAUACAGGGGCAGAAAACCUUUUUCAGCCUGAGGGCCACAUUUCCUUCUGAGCAACUAUCUGAAGGCAGAGUGGUAGUAGUAGUAGGUUCUGUAUUUUGCACUUCAAUUUUUCAAGUGUGAAAACUUGGUAUUAUUACACAUGCUUCUUCCUUUUAACCGAAUUUGAAGAAUUUAGUAACAUGGCUUUUCCUUAAGCAAGCCCUUGGAGCUGGUAAUAUGGGAUCUGGUUAAAAGUAGAAUCACAGCACAGACUGUGUGUGUGAAAAUAGAAGAUGGGGAAACAUCAAAAGAGAAAAGAUGACCUUCUCACAUAAUUUGGAAGGAGAAGGGAGGCUAGAUUAAAGAGAGCUUUAUAGGGGAGAACAUUCUGCCAACAUUUUUUUUAAAAAAGUGGGUUUGAGGUUAGAGUGUGAGAAUAAUAAUUAUUUUAAUCCUUAGGUUGGUUUUAGAAAGAAGCAUAGUUUGCUCUAUAUUCUGACACAACAGAGAGCCAAUGAUUACAUGCUCUCGUAUCACAACAUCAUGUACAGUAUUGAAUGUUGAUGAUGAUAUCUGUUUCAAAGGGGUUUCCCCCUCGUAAGUGCUCCAAAAAAUUUCAUAUAUAUACUACCUUAGUAGCUAUUAACAAUAUAGCCCUGUAAGGCAGACCAGUAUUCAGACUUGGGGCUCUCUAAGACAUAGCUGUCAACUUACAGAUUUGAAAAUAAGGGACCUGCAGCCUCACCUGUUCCAGGCACUCCAGUCUUCCUGUCCUCCUGCAGUCUGGUCAAACUCAUGCUUGUAGCUUUGAAAACACUGUCGGACCAACUUUGUAACCAGAGGUUCAACUGAAUAGAAUCUGAAUCACAUGCACCACAAGACCUAUGCAGCCUCAACUUAAGAUGGCUCCCCGGCCUGGCUUUGCACUGCAAAGUUUGCAGCAGCACGUGCAACAAAAUGGCAUCCAGCAUUCAAAAAACCCUCAGCUUGCAUUAACUAGCCACACACAAGGCAUGCAAGCUCCACCCCUCAGUCGUUCUUAGACUUCUUAUUGGGUGAGCAACACAGCCAAGCAACACAGUUGGAGCCUCCCUCCUCCCUGGCUGGCAGGGAGGGAGGGAGAGGAGCUGCUUCCUUUGAAAUUUAAGGGACAUCAUUUAAGGGACAUCUAUCAAUAAGGGACAGCAGUGGGACAUGGCGCUGGAAUAAGGGACUGUCCCUUCAAAUAAGGGACACUUGACAGCUAUGCUCUAAGACGACCUAAUGAGUUAAUGACGGAGGUGAGAUUUGAAGUGUUCCUGCUCUUAACCCCUAGGUAAAGGUACCCCUGCCCGUACGGACCAGUUGUGUCCGACUCUAGGGUUGUGCGCCCAUUUCACUUAAGAGGCCAGGGGCCAGCGCUGUCUGGAGACACUUCCGGGUCACGUGGCCAGCGUGACGAAGCUGCUCUGGCGAGCCAGCACCAACGCAGCACACGGAAACGCCGUUUACCUUCCCGCUAUAAAGCGGUACCUAUUUAUCUACUUGCACUUAGGGGUGCUUUCGAACUGCUAGGUGGGCAGGAGCUGGGACCGAAAGACGGGAGCUCACCCCGCCGCGGGGAUUCAAACCACCGACCAUGCGAUCGGCAAGCCCUAGGCACUGAGGUUUUACCCACAGCGCCACCCGCGUCCCCUCUUAACACCUACAUCGCACCAUAUUUCAUUUAGUGAAGCUUACUCUUGUGUGAGAGAUCAUUGGCUUAAAGCCAAGGGCAAGAAUAUUAAGCCAUAACAUAAUAAUGUGAAUACAGUACUGUGCUUGCAUAUUACAUUACACACAAUAUAGUGCAACAACAAGAGUUUUAGAUUUGGAUGGGGAAAGCACAUAUUUCGUUCCCCCCUUUCUUCUCUUUCCCUUGGCUAUGAAGCUCAUUCUGUGGGGUGGGAAAGUCACUACCUACAUCGCACUGUGAGGCCAAAAAUACUACUCAGAAUUCUUUGGAAGAAGGGCCGGAUACAAAUGUCAUUAAUCACUGAAAGGGAUGUUAGGGAACGCUCCCGAUAUGGCAUUGUGUUGAAUUUAAAACAAAGAUUUUUCUUGACGCAAGGGAACUGUGUGGGCUUCCUCUGGUGCCCUGAUGUACUGUUUGCACUGCCUUCUGUCAGCGUUGCAUUGCUUUCCCACUCUAGGAUGAUGACACAGUGCAUUUAUAUCCUCCUGCCACUCGCCUGGCUUUCUUUGCAGCUGCUCUUAGUGGCAUAGCCUCCUUUCAUUCCGGCAUAGCUGCUUGCUCUCGUCACACCCACACUGCUACCUUGCCGUAAGAUGCUAGCCUGGGGGAUGCUGCAGACAUGCAAGGGAUUGGCUCAUGUCCUUGCAUCAGCCUCGCAAUGCAGCAGACUGCAUUCACUCCCUCCACCCCUCCAACACAGGCUGCCACAGACAUGCUGUUGGCAUUCCUUGUUUUGCAGUGGUAGCUGUCAAGUGUCUGUAUGAUAUGUGAAAAUAAUAAGGGAAAGAAACACAAAUGUUCUAUACAGGGGCAGUGUGGUGAUGGGGAGGGGGAGUUCUUCCACUGUGCCCGCUGUGGGGAGGAAGAGACAAAUUCUAAUUUUAGAAGCCCAAGGAAAUGAUUUUUUUUUUUUUAGCAUAAUAAUAAUAAUAAUAAUAGUAAGGUGUUUCAGCUUAUGAAGAAAUAAUGUAAUUGUUAAUUUUUUCUAAUAAUUGUUGUUUGCGUGGACUUCCCUUCAACUCUAUGGGGUCAUGUCACAGAAUGAAAACAAGGCUGAGAUCAAUGUCCUUCCUUAACACUAUCAUUCUGUGAAAUAAAUUUUGUUUCUGUGUGCUGUCAUCUCCCUGGAAACCUACAAUGGGUAGGUGGCAGUGGGGGGAAGAGCCACACUCUGGUAGCUACGUAUGAGAUGAGUAGAACUAGCACACCAGUCAUUUAAAAAAGAAAAAACAAGAACACCAGAAUCGUGUGCACAAAAACUAUCCAUAUUCUAGAGGCUGUAUUGUAUCCUGUGCUAAACUUACACAAAGUAGGUCCAUUGAAAUAGAUGGGCACGACUAACUUAAGUUGAUUUAUUUAGAUGGGUACAAUCUGAAUAGAACUUAGUUGGAUACAACCCUGGAUGUUUCAGCUUGACCAGAGUAUGCACAUUUAGUUAGUGCUUAUAAGUUUAUGCCACUUGUCCAUUAUAAAAAUACAGAAGGUGGCUAACAAUAGAAUUGGCAAUUGAAAAUAACCAAUCCAUAUAAGAUAAUAAGGAAUAAUAUAAUAAAACUUUAUAAAAAUCACUUGCGAACACACACACACACACACACACACACCCCUCUCUUACUUGGACAAGCCACAUGCCUUAGAAACAAUUCUAUUCUGAGGGAUCUCAAAACUAUCCCCUUAGUCCUCUUCAUUCCACCUCACACAAUUGCAUGGUUGGAAAAGCAGGGCUGCGCCUGAUAUUUCCGACAUUGCACACCUGUCAGGUGUCCAUGCGCAGGAAGCGGGAUGCAUAGAGGGCAACCGCUCUACGCAGAUAAACUCUGCAACGUGCUGCUGGAGCCUGCAUACAGAGAACAGGCUUGCAGACUUGUCUAUUGCAUUUCUAUCCCACCGCUUUCCUCCAAGGAGCUCAAGGGGGCAUACAGGGUUCUUCCCCGUCCUCAUUUAACCCCCACAGAAACCCUGUGAGGUAGGUUAGGCUGAGAAGCAUUGACUGUCCCAAGGCCACCCAUCUAGGGAGUUUCAUGGCUGAGUAGGAAUUUGAACCCUGGUCUCUCAGCUCCUAGCUAGACACUGUAACCAUUACAUCAGACGGGCUGUAGAUGGCUGGGUGGAGCUGGCAGUGGUGUGGGAUGGAACUCUAUUCUCACCUUCAUGCUAUUUUUUGCCAUGGGGGGGGGGGGAUGACUGAAUUGGGUUCUUGGCAUACAUUGCUCAGUUGAAAUCCCAGCUGCGUUAGUGAGGAAGGCAGGAGUCGAAACAUUUAACUUGCUAAAGAGUGUUAAAUCUAUCUCUGUUUCAUCAUUCACUUAUCAAUAUAUGCCCAUGGAGACUGUUUCUCAGCUUCUGUAUAAAAAAAAUUGGUUUGAAAACUCAAGAGCAUUUCUCAUGUAGUCUGUGAUACAACAGAGGGGGCUUUUGGUCGGAGGAUUAAAGUAAACAUUCUCGAGGGUAUGUGGAAUUCCUUAGGCACACGUAAAGUAGUUCUUUGGAUCCUAGCCAUUGGAACACUUGCGGAUGUUUCCUCCUCGCCAUGUAAUAAUAAUGUAUUGGCAUAUUAAGAUCGGUUAUCCUGGGGUUUGCUUCUGAUGCAUGUAAACUUGCCAGAUGUUCCUUGUUUUAAGGGGGUGUUCCAACUGCAAUAAAGUAUAACGGAUGUUUCUUAUUUACCACUGCUGCAGCUCUCCUGAACUUCAUAGCACAGAGUGCCCUAUUUUUGCAGUGUCUCUUUAUUGUCAUGGUGUGGUGGUAGGGGCGAGAGAGACAUUUGGCAGGCUGGGAUCUUGCGCUAAGCCUGAGAGGCAGGCACUGUUUGGCAUCUAGAGCGUUAUACGCAGUCCGAUAAAUGUAGAGAAGGCAGUGCCGUGUUGCGUUCAGAUGCUGAGACCGUGUUGAUUUUUCUACUGUUCCACUGAGGGACAUUAUUGUUCGCCUUUCCUGUAUUAUUGAUUUGAGUCUUCUGUAAAAAGUCACGCGGGGGGGGGGGGGGGGAUGUAUCGACUCAGAGCCUGCAAGAGUUCUAAAAUGCUAGCAAGCAAGAUGAAUGGAAGGGGUGGUAUUCGCCUCUCCCCGUGCUUCAUUUACAAGCCAAAUGCCAUUAUAUGGGCAUAAAUUAUGUCUAAAAAUGAUUUGCAUUUAAAAUUGAAAUGGGUGGAGCAGUCACCGAGGAGCCUUUUGCUUGCUUUCUUGUGCAUUGGCAAGGGUUGCUAACUAUUAGAUCAGCUCAGCCAGCCAGUCAGUAUAAAAUAAAGUUAAUUGGACUUGCCGAAAAUCAAAUGGCCUCAGCCUUGCACUAAUUCCUAAGUCUGUGAUUUAAUAAUGACACUGGAGACGAAGGACUGGAAAGGUGCUGAAUGACUGUCUAAACCAAUCAGCAGAGCUGUAAAUUACACUUCUGAGAUUCCCAGUGGCAGAUUGAGACGUGUGGUUGAAAUCGCAAGGGGUGGAUAAAGCCGUACAUGGAAGCAAUUUGUCAAGAUUCCCGAGCUUACGUAAAUUGGAAUUUAAGCUUCAUUUUUAAUUCUCUCUCUUUCUCAGCAUCUCAGCUGCCAAGAGGGACCGCACAUUUGGGAUCAGGAGGAAGAGCAGCCCCUGAGCGGAGGGGCUGGUUAAACGCUGAACUAGAAAAAUAAAAACAAGUCAAUUAGGGACUGAAGGGUGUGUUUUUUCCAAAAAACAACAAUGACAACAAACAACAACAGGCCAGUUUCAAUGUAACAUUUCAUGCUUACAUGAUGACUCUUCAACAUCAUCUAAUGAGCACAUACGAGAGGUAGUUAUUUUGGAACGGUAAUCUGCAUAACUUCCAAAUGUCAUUCAUGAAUGUGAAAUGUUGCAUCGAAUGAGCUCAUUUGAAACAGGAUAACGCUAGUUAUAAUCAGAUAAUUUGCUCAGUGAAAUAGCACCGAGUGUGCGAACAAGUCCACUGGUUGUUUCCUCCCUGCAAAUAAGCUGCAAACUUUGUUGCUAUGGAGCACCCCCUCCUGGACAGCAUGAAAGCAAGUACAGUGCUGCGUCUUGACUUUCCAUGCAAAUCUGGCUUUCAGUCUGCUGGAGAUUUGCUUUGAUUUGGGGAAUGCAAAUCGGCAGGAACAACUUGCUUGUAAACUCUGUUGCCUCCCUGUGCAGCAUUGAUCAGAGCAAAUACCGUAUUUUUUGCACCAUAACACUCACUUUUUUCCUCCUAGAAAGUAAGGGGAAAUGUCUGUGCGUGUUAUGGAGGGAAUGCCUACGGGUGGCAUGCCUACGGAUUUUCCUCCUCUAAAAACUAUGUGCGUGUUAUGGUCGGGUGCGUGUUAUAGAGCGAAAAAUACGGUAAUUGAAUCGGGUGUCUGUCUCUGCCAGGUCUAACAUCACUGUUCAAUACAACAGUUUGUGCUCCUCUUAAAAGUGUGCUGCAUUCUAAAUGCUUCAGGAUUGAAUAACGGAGUAUACUUUCACAAGUGACACCAGGGAUAUAUUUUUGUUUCUGUUCUUGGGACUAGCCAGCGUUGGAUGCUUGCUGUCAAUUGCCAAUCAUCAUAACUGGCCACAGGAAAACAGCACUGUGGCCUUCACAUACCGGAAGGUGGUUGAUAUUUCCAGACCCUUCAAGUGUCCCUAUUUUCCAGGGAUGUCCCUGAUUUAGACAAGCUGUCCCGGUUUCUGAUUUUAUCCUUGAAUGUCCCCAUUUUCCUUAGGAUACCCCUAUUUUCAUUGGAGAAAUGUUGGAGGGUAUGGAGUUAUCCAACCCCCGAGCCGUCUAAAGGCAAUCCUGUACAGUACAGUGGUACCUUGGGUUAAGUACUUAAUUCGCUCCGGAGGUCCGUUCUUAACCAGAAACUGUUCUUAACCUGAAGUACCACUUUAGCUAAUGGGGUCUUAUGCUGCCACGCCGCCGGAGCAUGAUUUCUGUUCUCAUCCUGAAGCAAAGUUCUUAUCCCGAGGUACUAUUUCUGGGUUAGCGGAGUCUGUAAACUGAAGCGUCUGUAACCUGAAGUGUAUGUAACCCAAAGUACCACUGUAUAGGGAAGGUUUUUUAAAAUGUGUUAUUAUGGUUUUAUAUAUGCUGGAAGCUGCCCAGAGUGGUUGGGGCAAUCCAGUAAGGUGUGGGGGGGGUAUAAAUAGUAAAAUUAUCAUUAUGGGAUGGGAGGUCCCUAUUUUCAUCAGAGAGAUGUUGGAGGGUAUGAAUUUCUAAGAACACAAGAACAUGAACAUUAGAAUACGUUCAGCUUGGGUUUUCGUGACACCAUAUUCGAGAUCCAGGACAGGGAUGGACAGACUUCAGGCUUGAAGGAUCUGCUUUAGUUUUCUCUCAUUCAUUCCACACAUACACACACGCGGAGUCCAUUACCUAGUGCCAGGUGCAAAAUACAUACAGUGGUACCUUGGGUUAAGUACUUAAUUCGUUCCGGAGGUCCGUUCUUAACCUGAAACUGUUCUUAACCUGAAGCACCACUUUAGCUAAUGGGGCCUCCUGCUGCCACCGGAGCACGAUUUCUGUUCUCAUCCUGAAGCAAAGUUCUUAACCUGAGGUGCUAUUUCUGGAUUAGCGGAGUCUGUAACCUGAAGCGUAUGUAACCCAAGGUACCACUGUACACUACACUGAAAAUUAAAGAAUCCUAAACCCAGGCUUUUGUUCUGAGUACCAGAACUGAAUGGAGCUCACAGUCCUUACAUGCAAAACCCCACUCCCAAGUUACCCCAGGAUUUCUUUCUUUCAGCAAUAUUUGGUGGUGUCAAGUUAUUUUGUUGCUGUUAUUAUUGAAUGUUUGAAAGUCAAAACCCUUGCUGAUCAAAUCAAUCAGAGAUGUACUAUAGAUCUAUCCUGAUCCCUGCCCACUACUGAUAUAGGAAACUAACACUGGUAUGAGCAUCUCUUGGGAAAGGUGCCAAAGCUCUGAUUAUAUUUACAUAAAUAAGGAUUGGUAUUGUUAUGGUAGAAGCAAGAUGCCCAUCACUGUGCCCACCAAAGGUUGUGUGUGUGGAAAAGUGCCUGUAUAUUUCAGAAAUUCUCAGGGUGAACUUGGAGACACUACUGCAGUGGCAGCUAAACCUGCCUAGCUGCUCAUGGUGACUGAUUGCAGCAUCUAGUUUUGCUCUCUCUCUUUCUCUGCUGUGACCCAGAUUGCAUGUUCAUUUUCUCCCAUAGAAAUAAAUGGGAACCAUGGACAACUGAGCUAUUCCCUUUCUGUAUAGCUCCACACUAGAGCCCAAUGAAGCCUAGGGAGCUGGAUUUUUUAUUUGUAUAGUGGAUGGUCAAGUUUCAUGGUUCCCUUUGUAUUACUGUAAAGUAUGCAGUUCUUUGAUAUAUAUAUAUUCUCUUCCCCUCUCUUUCUGUAUAGCUAUGGUACAGAAGGUUACCUUGUCUCGAGACAAAACAGCCAGAUGAAUCUUUUCAGCCAAGCUCAGUUUCGAUAAUUAGUUAUCACACUAUGGAGCCCGACAGCAGGGACGACAUCGACUUGAAAGAGGAAACCGCACAGGUGUGGUCUGAAUCAGCUGAGCAGGAGCAGAAUACUGCUCAGGUGACUAGUGCUUAUUGCAUUUCCUAACUGCUGAUGUUCAUGCAGUCUGUGUAUAUGAAUAGGGCAUCCUUGCAGUAGCUCAAACUGCUUCUUAAAGGGAUUUGUGUGUGUAGUUAUUGGAGAUAUGUGAAGCUGUCUUGAGGGUUCGAUUUUUGCAUGAUACAGAAAUUUCCCUGCUAUAGAUUUUGUUCUAUGAAGUUCUCCUAAGGUUUCAGAUACACCAAAUAAAAUAUGUUGGUUUUAAAAAAAAAUUGUUUUUUUUUAAAGUGGCUAUAACACAAGAAAGAAAAGAGACAUUAUCAUUUGUGUUCCAGCUUAUUAGAAAUAUCACCUUUCCCAUAAAUCUUAUCAGUCUACAUUACUUUUAAAAAGUUACGUUGUAUUUCUUAUACAUAUAUAAUGUAAUACUAUACAUACUUAGAUAAGAGAGGAAAUGGAGGGUUUGAGGAUAGCACAUUCUGUCAUUUAUAACUUAAUAGCUGUACUUCACAAAAUAGUUGUUAAGGACUGUUUUGUAUUGGUAGGGCCAUUGGAGAUUAAUAAUUAGGCUCAAAUUUCAUAUGUGCCAAGUAUCCUUAGGGUUGUCCCCUUUUCCCUUAUUAUUAUUUAUUAUUAUUAUUAUUAUUAUUAUUAUUAUUAUUAUUAUUAUUUAUUUUCCCUUGAUACAGGAUUUGUACUUUUAACAGCUGCAUAGCAGGUAGAAAUCCAACAGGCCUAGUUUCUUUCCCUUCACCUACAUGCCUGCAAGUAUUAUAUCUAUUGGAUUUUUAUGUGCUAUGAAGCUGAUAGAGGUGCAAAGCCUUUUAGGAAAGAAAACAGCUGUAAUUGACCUCAAUGGUACUAAACUGAUUUCGUUCAAAAUAUCCCAGUUGAACUGGGUCUUGGAUUGAACUGUUGGUGAUUUCAGUACCAAAUUUUCAACAAAAGUGGCAUUUUAGGUUAGGCUUUCUUAUUCACCUAGUUUUUUGGUUUUUUCUGAGCUGAUUCUGUUGCCAAUGUAGUCUGGAAUAUUACUAGGGAUACACAGGCAACUCCCCAUUUAUGUGCAUGCAGUUGACACGGAACCACGCAAGCGUGCGUUGUGCUGAACGAAGAAGUGAAUAUAAAAGUGCAAAAACAGCACUAGAAGAGCCCAAAGGGGGCAAAAAAGGCACGCAAACAGUGCCUAGCAAACCCAGGAGCCCUUGCACUGACUGUUGAGGCCUGUGGAGAGUUGCUGUUUGAACAGGGAGGUUUGGAAGGAGUGAUUGUGGAGUUUGACCAGUCUGGUAAGUGCUACUGGUUUUUAAGGUGUUUUUUUCAGGGGUUUUCAGAGGUUUAGUGUGUGUUUGCAGGCUUUUUCAAUGGUGUUUCAGAUAUACAUGAUUGCACUGACACACACAGUGCCUUGAAAUGUAACCCCCACGUGAACUGGGAGUAGCCUGUACGUAUGUAAGUGUUACCAUACAUACUUAUGCACAGCUUUGUGUCUGGACAGUUCCUAACAUUUCUUCUCUGCCCCUGUUCACCUUCCCUUUCUCCAGGUCCACUUUGUCCCUGAAGGUGGAACUGUGGCUCAGAUUGUGUACAGCGAUGAUCAGGACCGUCCUUCGCAGCAGGUGGUCUACACUGCCGAUGGCACAUCUUACACCUCUGUGGACACCUCGGAGCACACACUGGUGUACAUCCACCCCGUGGAAGCCACUCAGGCAUGUGACAUCUCACAUUCCCUGUCUCUUGUCUACUCGUGGCUGCAAAGAGCAAUAAUUUCAUUCAGAACUUGGGCCAGCUGCCUGCAAAGCUGUGUGAAUGCCUAAUAGUCCUCAGCUGUGCAUAAUCAUCUAGCCAUUGGCGAAGGGGGAGUUUGGACUUUUCAUGCUAAAUGGGAGUGCAGAUGUUGUAAUCAAAAAAUGCUGGGAGGCUAUUGAGUAUGAAGCCCUGUCCAUUUCGCUUCUCUGAAACUGGAAUAAUUUAGCCUUUUUUCCCCUUCAAAAGAUGACAUGAGUAAUCAGCGCAACAAUAUCAGCCAUCACAGUGUUCUGUAAAACAAGGGAGUUGCUAAUCCAUUCUUUUCAGAUUCCUUAUUUGCAUAGCCAAGUUUAGGUAACUACUAAUAAUUUGGGCAUUGGAACUUGUAUUUUUCUAACAAUUGUACUAGUCUGUAGACUUGAACUGGACCAAUCUAUUGAUAGGUUUUCAAACUUGGUGCCUUUAGGAAAUAUUUGAAACAAUGAUUUGUUUGCAUGGUCUAUGCAUUACUUGUGCAUUGCGGAGGACCUUGGAUCCUGUUCUAGGGUGUGCAUUUAUGGGGGAGGGGAACACAGGGAGCUAGCUGCCUUGACACAAGUCAGACCACUGGUUAGCUAGUUCAGUACUGCCUACACUGACUGGCAGCAGCUCUGCAGGGUUUCAGAUGGUGGUCUUGCCUAGAGAUGCCACCAAUUGAACCUUGGACCUUUUGCAUGCAAAGCAUUGCAGUGCUGCUGAGCAACAGCCCUUUGCAUCUUUACUAAUCAGACUUGUUUGGAUUCUCCAGUGAGCGAGAAACCACAAACAACUUGGUACACUUUGGAAUUUGUGUUAGUACUUUCUAGAUGGAAAUGCAACAUCACACUCAACACUUCUGUGUUUGCACAUUGCUGGGGAAGAUCAGUAGUGGUUGGAAAGCUGUCUUUCAGGAGAGCAUAUCUAUUGUUACUGAUCUUCUCAUUGGGAGACCUCUAAAAAGCUGUUAAUGAACCCUAGGAACAUGGUUUGAGAACUGCUGUUCUAAUUUAGACAAACCAUAUAGCUGCUGGUAACAGUAGCCUACUAAAUUCCCAAACCCCAGUCCAUCCUCUAUUUCCUUACGCUGCCGUUCCUAUUCCCCCCCCCCCCAUCUUAAUUGCACUCCAUUUGGGUGCUUUACUGUUCCUGUUUUAAUCAGGUCCUUCUACUUCUUUACCCCUUGGCUUAAAUUGUCAAGCAGGAUUUUGCUUUUAAGCUUUAAUGUGAGUGCUCUUGAGUCUUGACGUAGAGAGAGAGAGAGAGAGAGAAAGCACGUGCAAACAACCUGCUACAAUUUGGAAUUUGUGUUAAGUGCUUUCGAGAUGGAAGCUGCUCUGUCAAUGUAACACCACCACUAUUGGGAUUUCAGCUCCGGUCGUUCGAGCUGAUAAGGCUCAUCUUCCUCUGAGCCCUCCCAGCAGAGCAUUAAAACAACGAAGUCCACAACGGAAGGAUGAGGUAGUAUGGGCUACAUUGCCAUACUUCAUUACUAAGCUAUACAGAGAGCAAAGAAAUAUACAUCUCCUGUCUGUGAGAAGCAGAGAGCAACUGAGCAAAGAAAGCAAAGGAACAAAGGAAACAGGAAACCAGUAACAUCACAUCCCGUCUCCCUUUCCCGUGAGAAUCCAACAGUAUCUGGACUCUGUGGAAUGUAAACAGAGUCCUGUGACUGCAAGCAGCUGCACAGUGAGGAAACAGAAACUAACAUCCUCCUCCUUUCUGUGAACACCACUGGGCAGCGUGUUAGUACAAUCUCAGUACAAACCCAACUUCUGUAUAUAGGUACAGUGUUGACCCCUUGGAACAACCUUGGACAAUAAAUCAGCAGGAAUUUCAUUACCUGGCAUGUAGGACACCGUUACGAGUCCUUUCUGAACACAUUCCCUAGCAUGUUGCAGCUUCAAUUGCAAGUGCUUCGUGCUUUGCUUACAACCUUCAGAAGUCCACCUCACACUUUAUAGGUGGACUGUUGGCACUAAGAGUGCAUUUCAUAAAUACACUGUAGUGGCCAAGGUAACUGGCCUUAUGGAAAUUGAAUGGAAUCAGCCAUUUGUCCAAUGCCACCUUCCUUUCAGCAAGUUUGUUCUGUCACUGUGAGCUUCGUAUAACCAAGCGUUACCGAGACCCUCUUAAUCAUUCUUUAUUAUUUUGUUCAGACUUUGUUUACAGACCCGUCCCAAGUGGCAUACGUCCAGCAGGAUGCAGCGACACAGCAGGUAAGGUUCAGGCUUUUCGGUUGAGCUUUACAUGUGUCUGUUGAUGGGCUAUGCAUUUAUUUUGUCCUGUUCUUGUCUCUGCAAAACCUGUUCACGAGAGAUUAUAGUGGGAUUGGCGUGAAUGUACAUUCACCUUUCUGAAGGGACUCAUUUGUUUCCUACCAUAGUCAUGCAGUUCUAGCACGGUGGCAAUCACAGAGAAACCUAAAUUUUCAGUUUAGAAAAAUGGUAAGUGAGUGGAUAGCUCAGGUUGUUAGAGCAUGGUGCUGAUAAUGCCAAGGUUGCAGGUUUGAUCCCCUUCUGGGACAAUGGCAUAUUCCUGCACUGCAGGGGGGGGUGGACUUGGAUGAUCCUCAGGGUCCCUUCCAACUCUGCAGUUCUAUGAUAGCUCUGUAUAGAAGGUGUGGAGAAAUCUAGUGGAGCUGAAUGUUGGAAGAUUCAGACCAGACAAAAUAAAAGUACAGUGGUACCUUGGGUUAGGGACGCGGUGGCGCUGUGGGUUAAACCACAGAGCCUAGGACUUGUCAAUCAGAAGCUCGGCGGUUCGAAUCCCCGUGAUGGGGUGAGCUCCUGUUGCUCGGUCCCUGCUCCUGCCAACCUAGCAGUUCAAAAGCACGUCAAAGUGCAAGUAGAUAAAUAGGUACCGCUCCGGUGGGAUGGUAAAUGGCAUUUCCGUGCACUGCUCUGGUUCGCCAGAAGCGGCUUAGUCAUCCUGGCCACAUGACCCGGAAACUGAAAGCGAGAUGAGUGCCGCAACCCCAGAGUCAGUCAUGACUGGACCUAAUGGUCAGGGGUCCCUUUACCUUUACCUUGGGUUACAAACUUAAUUUGUUCCAGAGGUCCGUUCUUAACCCGAAACUGUUCUUAACCUGAGGUGUGCUUUCGCUAAUGGGGCCUCCUGCUGCCAGCGCGCUACCAGCGCGCGAUUUCCGUUCUCAUCCUGGGGCAAAGUUUGCAACCCGAGGAACUACUUCUGGGUUAGCAGAGUUUGUAACCCAAAGCGUUUGUAACCCAAAGCGUUUGCAAUCCGAGGUACCACUGUACUUCUUCACAUAGGGCACAGCUAAACUACGAAUUUCACUCCCUCCUGCAAGAUUAGAGGUGGCCACCAACUUGGGUGGCUUUAAAAGGUUGGACCAAUUCAUAGAGGAUAAGGCUAUCAAUGGCUGUCAUAUGCCUCUGAAUGCCAGUUACUGGCAAUCCUAAGUGGGAAGAGUUGCUGCCACACUCAGGUCCUGCUCAUGGACUUCCCACAGGCAUCAGGUUGGCUACUGUGAGAACAGGAUGCUGAGUUAAUAGGUGGGCCUUUGGCUUCAUCCAGCAGGUGUCUUAAAUUGUUAAGGUGCUCUUGAGCCAGCUAACAUGACAAAAGGCCACCUAGUGUGCUAAAGCAGGGGUAGUCAUCCUUUUUAUACCUACCGCCCACUAAUGCAUCUUUCUGGAUGGUAAAAUUUCCUUACCGCCCACCAGUGCUCGAUGGAAGGAGGAUUCAGCUCGUGCCCUAGAACCCCCUACCGCCCACCUAGAAUCCUGAAACGCCCACUAGUGGGCGGUAGGGACCAGGCUGACAACCCCUGGUCUAAACUAAAGAAUGUCCUGUAAGGUCAGUUUUAAGAAUGUUAAGAGGACUGCUUAACUAAGAUUUCCUGUUCUGAAAAAAUACUACUAUAUCUUUCAUUUAAGUUAUCAAAAAACAAACAAACCCCCAACCUGUUUUAUUGUUUUGUUUGUACACCCACAUAAUUGGGAGAUAACAGAAUUUCCUCGUUUAUACAGGCAGAAGCUUUUUCGAGUUUUUAUUUGGGAUAUAACUGUAAAAGCUAAAAAUUCCAAUUACUUGCUGCUGUGUCUGAUGUAUAUAGUCCUAGUUUUGUGCUUGAUGUGUUCACUAGUGUGAAAUUGACUAGGAGUAGCAUGAAAUUGAGGACUGGGGAUGUGAGGAUUCGAGGAUGCAAAAGGGAGGGGGGGGGACCCUGUAUUUGAAAAGAACUAGCUUCUCAUUUAAUCUCCCAUGGCACAGAAAAUGGGAUGGUUAAGGUCCAAGAGUUGAGAUCCUUUCAGUCCUAAACCACUGUGUACAACACAGGUUUGUGGAAUAGCCACUCGAAAUGAUUUGAUAGCUGUGUUAGCGUCUUAUAAAGUGAGACGAUACAUUUCAGUUAAUAUUCUGGAAACCUCUGGUACUAUAGGUGUGAACCCACCACUGAUUAGAAGACACUGGGCUGUUUUUUUGGAAGGGAUUUCCCCAAAUAAAUGGUUUGAUGCUUUAGUGCUUGGCCUCAUGCUACCCUCACCAAGCAAAAAGCAGCCGGAUUCUGGUGGCUCUGAAUUUUCCAGCCUCCCUCCUGACAGUUAAGGGAGGGUUUUUAGCUUAUACGUAUUCAUACUGAGAGAGAAAGAGAGGUAGCUACCUGGUGGGCUUUUGUGGUUCUUUCUCAUCUCUCUCAUCUAAUCUCCCCUGCUCCCCAACCAGCUGGGGUGAUUAGCUGAAUGAGAUAACUAGAAUGUCUCUUUCCUUUUUAGUAUGACUUCAAGUGAGGUGCCUUCAGCUUUCCUUGACUGCCAGCUGUUGGGAGGAAGCCUUCAGAGCUCUCUAUAGCCUGGCAGUUUUCUAUUUGGUGAGUGUAAUGUGUAGCCAGGCUGUUGGUCCAAAGACAAAAAUAUGAGAAGCACAGGCAUUUUUUAUUUUUAAUGGAAUAUUGUAUCUCUACCUCAUAUCCAGUAAAGCCCAGAGCUCACUUGUGGGCACUGAACAAGGCCUUUGGUAAAUUGAAUGGACCCAAUCUCUGUUUCAGAUCAGGUUCAUUUUCAUGGGCCCUGCAGAGAGUGCCCUGGCCAAGUCAGGGUGGAGGAAGAGAGUGGUUAGCCAAUGAUUCUGGGAGAGAUCUAGUGGGCUGGGAAGGUCCUUGCCUGGGUUAGGGGGGUCCAGGAUUAGGAUCCCAGAGAGGGUUUGUGUGUGUGUGUUCGUUCCUGUCACCCUGUUCCAUCUCCCUGCUAGUCCCAGAUGGCUCUUUUGGUUUCCAAAGUAGUUUCUAGCAAAAGCUUCAAGUAUACCCUAAAAAGCAUCUUAGGUGCUACUGGUGCUGUGGGGCUUCUGCCAGAGCCCAUCAGCAAGCAGAUCUCAAGUACUGUACAGGAUUGCAUCCUAAGAAACAUAUAAUGCAAGGUUAGCUACAAAAACAAUAGGAAAAUGCCAGCAGUGAAGAAGAGAGGAAGUAUGUUAGUAAACUGUUUAGGAGCAUAGUAAAACAAACAAACAAAAAAUACAGGUUUAUUUGGGAAAAAGAACAACAAAGAAAAACACGCUUAACAGAUGUGUGUUCAUUGAGCAGCAAUAAGAAAGACAAAUUUAGAGAAUUGCAGCAUGACAGGAUUUAUUAAGGCAAGUGUCAUGAAGAAUCAUUUUGAAUUUGAAUCCUUUUUGCUUCAAACACUAAAAAGGCAAAUGGAAGCAGUGGAAGGACUGAACAAUAAGCUGAAAACUAUGAAUGAUGUUUUAAAGGAAGAAAAGAUGGUGGGAAGGAAUACAUGUGAAUUACUGGCAACAUACACCUGCUAUAUCAAUGUUUGAUAAAGCUUGCAUUUCUUAAAAAUGUUAAUGUAAGUUUUGAAUGUUUUUUUGGUCAAAAAUAGAAGAAUUAAUUUAUGGAAAAAGAGAAAGGGGGCACGUAAUAAACACCUGGCUUGGACAUGGAAAGGAUUGACAGAUUGAUAGCUCUUUCUUCUGUUAACCCUUGAGAAAAUAAAUUAUUAUUAUUAUUAUUAUUAUUAUUAUUAUUAUUAUUACUAUUAUUAUUAUCCCCUCCAACUCUAUGCUUCUAUGAAGUUUUUUUGUAAAAAAAAAUUGCAUAAAAUGUUCACUAUAAACAAGAAUAAAAAACAAUAUUCAGGAUCAAAAGAAUGUUGCCUUUAAUUUGAAGUAAAUAGUGAUGGGGUGGAUUCAACACAAACGGUAGGGACAGAAUAUACAAACAGGCCCAUUUUCCCACAUUUCCCCUAAACCUAUUAUUAUUAGUAUCAUCAUUGUAUAUGGUGCUUUACAGAGCAGUAUAACCAAAAGAACUUGGAAAAAUACAAUAACUCUGAAUUUCACUGUGGAAAGCGAGAUGCAUAAUGAGUGGGCCAAAGGAAUGAACAUCUCUCAAACUUUUCGAAGUCAAGACACAGGAGUCCACAGACGACAGAGUCCAAUGCCACAUAUUUGACAUUAACCAGCAUGACAUGAAGGCUGCAACAUGCUACAUUCCUGUUCUGUGGUAAAAACAGGAUGGCAUCCAAGUCUUUCCCUCAGUCCCUUUUCUUUAGGCCAGAAGAAACAAAUUGCACCCUGCCUCUUUCUGUGCGCGUGUGUUAUUUCAGCAGGCUUGCAGUGGUCAAGAGUAGCAACAACCUAAACACACACAUCCCCUCGUAUGUGAUGCAGGUCAUGUAUAUUUAACAAUGGUGCAUGCAUUCCUUACGCUGACUGAUGAUAAUAGGAAAAGCAUGCAAGUGUCACGAGUGCGUUAUCGUUGUAUCCUAAGUCCUCUUGCUAAAGGCCCUGUGCAGCUUAGACAGCAGCACUCUUGGCAAACCAAAUGUUCCCAUGGAGAGAUUUCCAGUUUGUUUGUGAGUGGUUAUCAUUUUAUUAGAGCAGCUGCUAGCCCUGCAGGUGUUGCAUGUACCCUCUUCCUGUGAGAAUUCCCUGAACUACUUUAGCUGCUAAAAUAAUAAUCAAGGUCCCUGCUGUUUUUUUGGAAAGACUUAUUGAACUCUUAGCGCUUCAAAAGCCUUAGUGUAUUCAUCUCUUGAUUUCUCCCAACAUAUGUAACCGGGAUGAAACAAGAGUUCACUAAGGGUGUUUUUGCUUGUAAGCUGUUUUGAUACCCUGCAGUGGCAGGUUUUGGGCUGACUCCUCCCUGCCAGCACGCCUGGAAGUGUGCUAAUGAUGCCUUGUGGGUGUGUGCCUGGCAACAGGGAAAAACCACUCUGUUCACGUCAGCCCCUUUCUACUUCUCUCUCUUCCCCCCCUUAUUUGUGGUCACUUUAUCCCAUAAAGCCUUUUGCGGCCAUGAUUUCCAGCUAUUCUGGAGAUAAAGCUGAAAAGGCUAAGGGAGAACAGCUAUUUGAUGCUAUAAGGGUUGGCAUAUUGGAAGGAUUAAAUAUAUAUCUUGUAAUAAUAAUUUUCCAGGGGAGACACACUGGUACCAUCUUCUGGAAUGGGGUUCAACAGCAGCACAAGGUUUCUUCUAGUCGAAAUCAGGCUCUUUUUUGGGGGGGUUGCCAUCGCCCUUCCCCAGUUAUCAACCCAGAGGGAAAGGAGGAUUUGUAGAAUAUGAGUUUUGGCAACAUGCCAUUGUGCACGCCUCGGGCAACUCCCUCGCCCUUCUCAAACUGGCAUCUCCACCCUGGGCUGCUUUGGGAAGAAACGCAGGGUGCACAUUUAAUAAAAUAAAUAAAUAUAACUUGUUUCUGACCUGUACUGGAUCAUUUGUAAAGGCCCACAUUAACUUGGGGAAGGGCUGUAGCUCAGUGGUAGAGCAUCUGCUCUGCAUACAGAAGGUCGCAGGUUUGAUCCCUGGUAUUUCCAGGUAGUGAUGGAGAGCCACUGUCAGUGCCAACAGUGCUGAGUUAGAUGGACCAGAGGACUGACUCAGGAUAGGGCCACUUCCUCUAGUUCCUAACUUACAGCAGUUACACAGGCAGCUCCACUGUAUUUUUAUAGCAGAAAGGAAACUCACAUAGGGAUGGGGGGGAUGUUAUAUCUGCAUUGUCUCUCGAAGUUUUAAAUAAUUACUGACACCUGCCUCUACCCAUUCAGACACCUUUCGGAUACUGUAUUUUGCAACCUAAAAGACCUGGCUUUCAGGACUUGCUGUAGCCAGACAAAUCUGAAUGAUGGAGAUGCCACAGGACUAAAACGAGUGCCUGUGAUUUUAGGUAACUGUGCUCUUGCCUGCUACUCCUCCUCCUCCUCCUCCUGAUGCUGCUGCUGCUGCUGCUGCUCAGAGCAUGAAUCCCACCCACCUCUCUGUGCUUGGCAGCGUUGCCGACCCCUCAGCGGCUCUGGAGCAGGACCCUCAAGCAGACAGAGUAAGUUGCCAGGUGCCCCAUUGCUUUUACAUUUGAACUCUCCAUUUCAUGCCCCCAUUAAAAGAAACCAGGACCCAACAAACCAAUAAAAAUUUGAGGGUCGGCUUUUGUUGUGUUCAUUCAGAAGCCACCUGGAGCCAGGUGUAAAAUAGCAGGGGGAAGAGGGUUAGCCCAGAGGUAAAAUAAUGGCUCCAAAGGCAGCACCAGUUACGCACUACAUCGCAUCAGCAGUGAACCAUAUAUUAGGAUAACCCGCAUCACCCUACCAGAAUGUUACUAUCUGCCUCAAUGGCUUUGCUCUCUCACCUACUACUGGUAGAGAUUAGAUUAGCAGGGAUUAGAACGUGGCUUCCUCUGUGGUGGCUCCAGCAUUGCAAAAUCCCUUUCCCAGUGCCCUGCCAGCCCCCUUUUUAUCACCUUUUGGAUGUGACUUGAUAACUGUUUUAUUUCCCAAGGUCCUUGUGGUUUGGUUUUAAUUUGACUCUCCUUUUAAAAAAACUGUCUGCUGCAUAUUUCAUUUGCUGUAUUACUGUUUUAUUUCUUUCCUUUUUUGUAGUUAGCCCCCUCAGGGGAACUUGUUCGUAAAGGUGGAUAUAAUUUAAAAACAAUCAAACUUGUGUAAUUCGGCUCUGGAUCCAUUCCAGUCUGGCUUCCGCGCUGGUCAUGGGACCGAGACGGCUCUGGUCGCCCUAACAGAUGAUCUCCGCAGGCAGCUGGAUCGAGGCGGGUCGGGGCUGCUGAUUCUUCUAGACCUGUCAGCAGCCUUCGACAUGGUUGAUCACGAACUCCUGGACCACCGCCUUGCCGACGUGGGGAUCCAGGGCACAGUCCUUCAAUGGCUGCGCUCGUUUCUCUCCGGUCGGGGACAGAGGGUGGCGCUUGGGGGAAUUGUCAUCCCGCCACUCCUUGGUGUGUGGAGUGCCUCAGGGUGCGAUACUCUCCCGAUGCUUUUAACAUCUUUAUGCGCCUCGCCCAGCUUGUCCGGAGUUUUGGGCUGGGCUGCCAUCAGUAUGCCGAUGACACCCAACUCUAUCUGUUGAUGGAUGGCCAUCCUGACUCGGCCCCAGACACACUGACCAGAUGUUUGGAAGCUGUGGCUGGAUGGUUACGCGGAAGCCGGUUGAAGUUAAAUCCUUCGAAGACAGAGGUCCUCUGGCUGGGACGGGACGAUAUGGGAUUGAGGGGGCAACUCCCAUCUCUUGCGGGGGUGCAAUUAGUGCCAGCACCGUCCGUUAAGAGUUUGGGUGUAAUCUUCGAUACCUCCCUCUCUAUGGAGGCGCAGAUUACAGCUAUAACAAAGGCGGCAUUUUUUCAUCUCCGCCAAGCUAAGCAGUUGGCCCCUUAUCUCUCUCGCCCUGACCUAGCCACUGUGAUCCACGCGACGGUCACCUCCAGACUGGAUUAUUGUAACUCGCUCUACGUGGGCUGCCCUUGAGACUGACCCAGAAACUCCAGCGGGUGCAGAAUGCCGCGGCGAGACUCCUUAUGGGGUCUUCGCUGCGAGAUCACAUUCAUCCGGUACUAUACCAGCUGCACUGGCUCCCGGUGGAGUACAGGAUCAGGUUUAAGGUGCUGGUUUUAACCUUUAAAGCCCUAUACGGCCUAGGACCCUCGUACCUAUGGGACCGCCUCUCCUGGUAUGCCCCACAGAGGAACCUACGGUCUGCAAAUAAAAACAUCCUGAAGGUCCCAGGCCUCAGAGAAGUUAGGCUGGCCUCAACUAGAGCCAGGGCUUUCCGGCUGCGGCUCCAAUCUGGUGGAACGCUCUGUCACAAGAGACUAGGGCCCUGCGGGACCUGACAUCUUUCCGCAGGGCCUGCAAGACAGAGUUGUUCCACCAGGCCUUUGGUCAGGGCCCAGCCUGACUCCCACCUCCGGCAACCUGCACAGAACUUUGCUUAACGGUUGCCAUUAAUUUGAUUUUAAUUAAUUUUAUAAUGAAAUGUUAGAAUGUUGGAUUAUUUGAUUGUUUGAUUAUUUGUUUGUUGUUAGCCGCCCUGAGCCUGGCUUUGGCUGGGGAGGGCGGGAUAUAAAUAAAAUUUAUUAUUAUUAUUAUUAAUAAUUCAUAGGACUAGAUAAAAUAAGCUGCAUAUACAGUAAAAAUCUACCUCUGAGUGGCUACGGAUCAGGGAAUUUAGCAGAAACUCUAAAACUGCUCAGCAGAGUUACACUAAGAUCAGGUCAAAAGCAACCAAGUAAUAUUAAUUUUUUACAAUUAAAUAAUAAUGACGAUAAGAGAUAACUGAUUCAUUCAUGGCCAGUCAUGGUAGAUUAUUAUUAUUAUUUUUAAAAAAACACAACUGAUAAUUUAACCAGAAAUUCUCACCUGGUAAAUUAUGCUCAACUGUCUUUUGAACAUUUACCUGUGUCAGUACAGAAAGGAUUGACAGUGGUAGGCAAGAUGGAUUACAGAUUGCCUAUCUGCCAUUGAGGAAUUCAUAUAAUAAUAAUAUUUUUUUUAUUUAUACCCCGCCCUCCCCAACCAAGGCCGGGCUCAGAGCGGCUUACAAGCAAUAAUAAAAACAAGUUGAAUGAUUACAACUUAAAAACAAAAUUAAAAUACAACAUUAAAAAAUUUUUUAAAAAUUGAAACAUUAAAGCGUUUUUGAAACUAUAAGUGUUCUCAGAACAUGGUUUGGAAAAUGCUGAUGUGCAUUCUAUACUUUUGCAGUCAUGCCACACCCUCAGGGAGUUCUGUUAUUUAGUGCAAAAUUCAGCAUUCCAAUAAGCUGUUAUAAAAAGCAAUAACAGCAAACCCUGCAGGUUUCUAGUCCUUAUUGGUUUUUUUAAAAUGUAUUUUUAUUAAAGAUUUUCUUGAUUUACAAAAGUCUAGUCCUUAUUGUUGACUGUGAAGAUAAGCUUAAAUAGACAUCUGGCAAUGCCUUUUGGAAUCUCAGAAGCCAGCAUUCCUGCAGCUAGUCUGUGGGGACUUCAUCUGCGUUCCACUUUAUUCUCCAGCUAGGCCUAGAAGAAGUAUAAUAAACCAGCACAGGCAGAUUUUUAUUCGCACCAUGUUUUGGAUUGAAGAAUUUAGCAUAAUUUAUUCAGCUCACAAAUUUAUUUGUUUGUUUAUUUGAAAAAGCAGCAUUUUGGCUACCUUGACCCAGAAUUUGGGUUCAUUUUAUUUAAAUGCCAAAUAUACAUAGCUCUAAGCAUGCCUAGCACUGAGGUUUCACUUCUAACUUAUUGAAAGACUGUAAUGCUUUGUGACGUGUGUGUGUGUGUGUGUGUGUGUGUGUGUGUGUGUGUGUAGCCUGUUCCUUAAGCUCUCUUACAGCAAUUCCCUUCCCCCUACACAACACACCUAUUAUACCGAUUUCUGCCUCAUCUGCAGUGCACUAUGGGCAUUUAACUCUUCUCUUCAUAGAAAAUAAAAUAUAACACUCUUUAAAAUUAGAGCACCCAUUGCCCUUAAGCAGUUAGGAGGUUGCUUUUUGUUACAAAGGUUUUAGAUUUUAAUUAGCUAGUCUCUUAACCGAACCCUGUGUUUUGAGUGCAUUGGUGUUGUUUUCUCUUGCUUUCAUGGAGUGAGAAAAUUAUAGCCAGGACCAUUUUGAGGGCAUAUUUUAAUGUCAAACUAAUUAAAGCAGAAAAUGGAGACCCUGGGUGGCUUCACUUGGAGAUGGAAUAAGGAAAGGCGUAAGCUGAGUUGCAAAAAGCCUUUCUGGGGAGCCAAAGGUUUUUCUGAUUUAAUGCCGCCUUCUUGCCAGUCUCCAUCAUUAUUAGUGCGCUGAAUACUUUUUGCAAGGCUUAAUAAGACAUUGGUCUCGUGAAAGCAGCUUCUUGCUGUUCUCUCACUUUACAGCAAAUAGACCUGAGACGGUGACUUGGCUCAAGAUGCCUACUGUGUUCACGGUUGCAAAAGCAUUUGAAGCCAGCUGUUCUAGAAUCAAGAGUAACACUGUCCACCAGACCCUUAAUAGCUCUGAGAUAUAUUUUCACACACUUAGUAAAGUUCCCCACCUGGCAAUUGUCUCCUAUGCCUGAACAAUGUGGAGAGUGAAUUACAUGAGAUCUGAGCCCACCUGUAGUCAGAAAUGUGGCAGUGUCCAAUGGCAGCAGGGCAGCUUAAAGAGCAAACUAAAGCCUGUGUGAUCCACCCUGUGCUAUCCUCCAACACUUCUUUUCUUCCCCUAGUGUCCACUCCCCAAGGCAGCUGCCUCCAUCGCCCUGAUGGUAGGGCCGGCCCAGCGUGCAUCCCUUUCAACAUUAAAUGUGGCAGUAGAGGAUUCAGCCGCCAUGCUGCCUACCACCCAUCUCUCACACCACCAAGUUGUCCUACUUGCUCUAGGCAAAAAUUGAAGCCCUGCUUAGGUAUCCCUCAUCUUCUCCAAUCUUGGGUCAUUUCCAACUAACUUCUACUGAGAACAGACCCAUUUAAAUGAAUGAACCUGAGUUAGUCAUGCUUGUUGUUUAUUUGAUUCAUAAAUUUAGCACACCGCUUGAUUGUAAUAACAAAAACAAAACAAAACUCAAAGCAGUUUGACUUCCCUGGGUCUGUUCUGAGCAGGGCUAGCAAGGGGUACAACCCCAGAUGCCACUGGUAUUAGCUGAGAUAUGAUCACUAUUAUUUUCUGGUUUGCUGCUCUGGAUCACAGCACAUUUUUGCUGAUUUCCCCUCCCUAGGUAUCAAUACCAGUGCACAGCCAAGUUUUGCCUCCUAUGGAGGCCGUGGAUGAGUCUGGUCCUCUAGAACCUUUGCACAACCCAAUAAGUGAUACGGAAGCGAAAGAGGAAAAUGAUGAGGAUGAUGAGGAUGAUGACGACGACGAGGAUGAGGAAGAUGAGGAAGAAGAGGGAGAAGAUACCGACAUGGAUGAAUGGGAUCCAGAUCCACCUCAUCCCUUUGACCCAAAUGACCUGUGUAAGCAUUCAAGAGUGUCUUGUUUUUGCUACGCCUCUUCUUCCUUUCAUUGGCUUACCACUGCAAUAUGGGAAUGAACCCAAAGCCAUUUCAUUUGAAUUGCACUCCAGGAAUCGGUACUUGGAAGCAAGGGGAGUGUUGAAACUAGCAUCACUGAACCAGAGAAGUAGGGUCACUUGUUGGAUUUACUUUGUUUUUAGUUGAACCCUGAAAUCUUAUCAACCAGUGCCAGGCACCAAAGACUAACAUUUAGAAUUAGAGAAUAUGGGAAGGGCCAUAGCUCCAUGGCAGGGCAUCUGCAGAAGUCCCAUGUUCAGUCUCUGACAUCUCCAGGUAGGACUGGACACAGAUCCAUGUCAGAGACCCUCUGAGAGAAACUGCCAAUCGGUGCAGACAGCACUGAGCUUGGUGGACUAACAAUCUGAUUUGGUGUGAGGCAUCUUCCUAUGUUCCUAUGGCAAGUUGUUUCUGAGCACGUUCUGACUCUAGGAAAAGAUUUUUGGUACUGGAACCAAGCUCACAGUCCAAUCCACUUACUCCUGGUUAGCUUUCUGCAUUUUAGUAGCCCAAUAAAGAUGGGGAUAGUCAUUUAGUUUCUAUUGUUGUUAAACUAUUGGGAGUCAAGAAAACCUUGGCAAUCUACUACAAAUCACCCAGAGAUCUACAAAUAGAUCUGUCUACUUAGUCAGGUGCUCGCAGUGGCCUAAGUCAGGAUCUAGUGCAAUGCUACUAGUGCUGGCACAAGUUGCCUCCUCAGCACCAGUGGGGGUGCGCGCGAAGAAUCGUUUAUUCAUCUGAAUUGUGCAGGGGGGGUGGAGGGCAGAGGGGAGUGGAAGGCAGUGGAACAAGCCAAGUGGGAUUGGGGUACUUUCCUCUGAGCUUUUCUACAACCUUUCCCUGUUGGAAUCUUUAGGACAAAGCUCUCUGCAUUAAAAGUCAACAGCCAGGUGCUGCUGCUUCUCAGGAGAGGAGGAGAAUCUUUCCUCCACUAUCCCAGAGAUCCAACUGAUCUGGAGAUGGAUUGAUUCCAACUAAGCCCAUGAGGUUGAGGAUUUGUGCAAUGGGGACAACCCUUUCAAACAAUAGGUGUCCUUUAGCUACUCUGAACGUGGAGGCCUUCAUUGCUAGAAUUUGGUUGAGAGUUUCCAGGUUCUGUGCUUCCUGCUUCUAGUAUAUAAAUUAAGGUUACCAGACGUCCCCGUUUCCCAUUGACAGUCCCCAGAUUUACAAAUCAGUCCCCAUACAGAACCCAUUGAAGUUGAAAAGUGUCUCUGGAUUCAUUGAAAAAAAAUCUGGUAACCUUAAUAUAAAUGGGAUGUGGGACUGUGUCAUGUAUUCCUCUCCUUUCCAAUUAUGUCUUUCAGGGUGUGAAGAGUGUAAUAAUGCACACCCCUCCGUUUGCCCAAAGCAUGGACCCUUGCACCCGAUCCCAAACCGGCCUGUACUGACCAGAGCAAGAGCCAGCCUUCCUUUGGUGCUUCACAUAGACCGAUUCCUGGGAGGAGUGUUUUCCAAGCGGCGCAUUCCCAAGCGCACACAGUUUGGCCCUGUGGAAGGACCCCUGGUCAGGCAGUCAGAGCUUAAAGACUGCUAUAUCCAUCUAAAGGUAAAGAGGCACCAUGCAUUUACUGUGUGACUGACACAUUUCAAGACACACAUUUUGUGCAGUACAGUAAUUUCCCUGGAAGGAACUCCAGGGACUCACAAGAAAUGGGAUCAACACGACUAUGUGAUCAUACACAUCCAGUACACAGUGCAAAUAGAGGAGAGGCAAGACAUUUCAUAUAGUGCCAGAAGCAUCUUGGCGUUCAGUAUGCAGGAAUCCCACUUCCUUAUGGAGAACUAGCUCAUAACGAUCAGGAGCAACAAUAAGUCUUGUGCUAAAUAAAAGACUGAUUGUUGUGGCAUGAGCUUUAGAAGACAAGAGCCUACUUCAUGAGAUACACAAUGUGAAAACAAUGGGCAUAAAUUUCUGUCUAUAUGUAGAUGCAUGGGUCACUGACUCACAGAGGUAUUGAAAUCGCUCUGGUACUUGGAAGUCAGAGUUCUAUAACCUCUUUGGGUUUCAAUUUUCAGGAGGGGGGCUCACAGUGACAGCAGUAAGUAUAGAUCUCUGCAGACGGAAUUCAAGUUUCAUUUAACAGCAAAUGUUAGUGAUGGGACUGAACUUCAAAUCAAGGGGCUUCAAAUUCCAGCUGUUCAAAAACACCUCCUUUGCAAAGUUUAUGUCAGGUCAGGGCCAGCCCCUUCCAGAAUUAGGGGCCACCUCAACUCGCAUUCAUUUUUGCCUCCUCACCACAGCUGACCCCAUCCAUGACUUAAACUUGGGGAGGAGUGGUCAAGCAGCCUCCAUCAGGCCUUCCAUUGUUAUCCCUUGGGUCAUGGCACCAUUGAAAGUGUUUGUGUGUUGUGUGUGUGUAAAUACACAUACAUAUUAGUAUUAUUUAUUUGUAUGUGCUAACUUGCCAAAAUUGUGUAUUUGUGUGUGGAUAGAUGGAUAGAUAGACAGAUAGACACACAUAUAUGCACGUGUGCUCACACAAGCAGAGGCCCAGUGCACUUAAAAAAUGACUGUUUCGCAAGAUGCCUUCAAAAAGUUGAAAGCAUAGAUUGCAUUCUUGAAUCAAUCAGCUGAAAUAAAUGACCUGAGAUAAAGUAAUCUAUGCUAAGCCCAUAGAUGUAAAUGGGUCCAGGUAUACCCAGUCCUGCAGGUUGGUGCUCAAUUAGCACAGCAUCACCUGUAAGAUAAUAACUCUUUGUAAUGACUUCACCAACCAAGACUAUGAUGCAAGCUAACAAAAGCUGCUGACAAAUGCCAGUCUUCAGCAGCUUCAUGCUCUGUCUGCCCCAUAAACCCUUUUUCUUCUAAUUACCUGGAUUUAUGAUGCAAACUGUUUCUUCCAUUGUGGACACAGCAGCGACAUCUCACCGACAUCCUCUUGUUUGUGUGUAUAUGUUUAUAGAUAAUAUAUUUUAUCUUGCCUUAGGUGUCCCUUGACAAAGGUGACAGAAAAGACCGGGGUCUGCAGGAAGAUCUCUGGUUUGAACUGUCUAGCGAGGCUCUUUGCAACUGGAUGAUGUUUGUGCGGCCAGCCCAGAAUCACCUGGAGCAGAAUCUGGUCGCCUACCAGUAUGGCCACCAUAUUUAUUACACAACGAUUAAGAAUGUGGAGCCCAAACAGGAACUCAAGGUAUGGGGCAACCUGCAUUAUAUAUCUUCUUUUUGCUGAGUCAAACAGCACAGCUUCGCAACCUUCAAGAAGAGUUCCCUACUACUCAGCAGAGAGAUAAAGCCUUAGGGCUUGAUUUAUUCAUUCAUCAUUCCCAUGGUUCUUGUUCUGAGAUGUCUGCCCUAUUUGUACAACCAUGGCAUUCCAAGGUGUAUGGGCGACAUGUUUUGUUGUCUGUAUUGAAUCACUAUAGGAUAAUGAACCUUCCAGAAAUAACAGCCCAUUUGUUCACUUAUGCUGGAAAUGUGGGUCAAGAAUUCUUGAUCUUUCUUGGGUCUGUUGACUUUCACUUCACUCCAACCACUGAUUCACCUUGAAUGUGUAAGCAAAUUGGAGGUUGAGAUGAGCCUGAUAUCAUAUACCUCCAGUAUGCACUGAAGCAUCUUGGUUUACUUUUAAUUCUCUCUCCCUUUCCCCCUUUGUGGCACUUUCCCCUGCCCGCCCAUGAAUGGGAUUGGCUUUUCUCAAUUAAUGAGGCACCAUUUACUUCAAUAAGCGUACCUUUGAGGUUUGCAGUUUGGCCUGUGCGUGUGAUAAUCUGACUUUUCUGCUUGUGAGUCCAAUCACCACAAAGUUAUUUUUAUCCCAUGCUUAAAACAAAUCAAGUGGAACUUGGAACAGUUGGGAGAAUAGCUUUUUAUAUUAAGCUUACAGCUUGAGAUCUGGAGGGCAGUCAAAAGAUGAGUGCCGCCAUCUGGGCUUUUCCUGUUUCUUGCCUUCUCCACUUCCUUUUCUGCCUUGUGCCUUAAUCCUGCAAGUCCUUGAAAUGUGCAAGAUCUUGACAGGACCGAGAAGGAAUCUGUAGUGUGUGAUCCAGCAUCGGCUCUUGACUUGGCCACUCCCUCCCUCUGUCCACAGAAUACGAGCCAACUCCUAGGGGCUGAGGUCCCUUUGCCACCAAAUGAAAUAUUUGAGGGCCCUGUACCCCCCCCCCAAAAAAAAGUUAAUGGGCAUUGCCAUUAUUUAUUUAUUUAUUUAAAUGAUAUUUAUUAAAGUUUCAAAGAAAAAAUUACAUAGAUAAAAAGAAAAGAAAAAGAAAAAAAAGGAAAAAAAAUACAAAAUACAAAAUACAGAAAAAAGAUAGAAAACACUUUAAAAAAAACCACAUCGAUCUUUCCAUAACUUACAUUUCAUUUCCUUACUUCCCUCACUUCCUCACAUCUCCCUUUUUUGUAUUCCAGUUCUAUUAGUUAAUUCAGCAAUUCCUUUCCCUCUUUGUUUUUGUCUUAAUCCUUUAACUUAACAUAUUAUAACUUUAGAUUCUCAUCUGUUAACAAUCCAUUUGUACAUACACCUUUAUAACAUUGCUGCUAAGACCACUUAAUUUCAUUCUGACAUCAUUCUAACAUUUAUUAAUUUUGCAAUAUUUCUGUAAAUAGUCUUUAAAUUUCUUCCAAUCUUCUUCCACCGACUGGGCAUUGCCAUUUAAAUAGUGUGCAUGUGUCAUGUCAUGUGACCUAUGAUGUAGGGCAGGGUUUAUCUGCCUCCCCCCCAAUAUUUUAUUCAGGUUGGCACCCCUGGUCCACAGGAUGGUGGAGAUGAUGCUGUGGACUACACACACACACACACACACACACACACACACACACAAACGCACACACACACACCUCAUUUGAAUUGUCCAUCUGGACGUGUUCUGGACAUACCUUUAUCUCGUUUUGAACCCUAUAAUGCAUUCCCCAAGCGCAGCCGCUAGAAUUAUAGUUUUAUUGUUUUCAACUGUUUUUAAUGGUUUUACAGGAGAACACAUGAAAAAAUGUAAUCCAAGACACAAAGGAGAGUCAUGUAUUCUUGCCCCUUCCUCCCCAGAUUAUAACUUAUGGCAUUUUGGAAAGUGCUUGCCCCUCCUGCCGUACUUUCACUAUUGUGACAAUCAGUGAAUGAGGAUUUGUGAUUAGAGUCGAACCACUCAGUCACACUGUCUGUGCAAUAAGAUGAAAUAAAUUGUUAUAGUAACAGCCUCUUCAGAAUAUUCAUGGCUCGGCACACUUAAAAGGCCUCUUGACACUUGUACAAAAAAAAAUCACUUUUGGAGCUACUAAAGACAUGUGUACUUGAAUUCAUCUCUUUCUCUUUCAUGUCAGUGUCACCCAUGUAUAAAAUGAAUAUUAAAAUGCUAGCUGAUUCAAGUGAGAGCCAGUGUGGUGUAGUGGGUAGACUUUGUUUUUUACUAGAACUCCCUAAGAUCCACUCACUGGAGCCUAGUGCAAACAGCAUAUUUGGAAUUAUAUAAUCUUGAGCCUGUGGAUUUGCUUUGAGUAUCAGAAUUGAACUCGCAGUCCUUCUGCACAAAAAAAUUACUCUUGCUUAUCCUCAUCCCAGCUUUUCAUUUUAUUUCAGCUGUAUAAUUUGGGCAGCAGGGGUGGGUGGAAUCAUUUUGUUGCUGUCAUUGUUAAACAAUUGGGAGUCUGAAAUCUUUGCAGAUCUACAAGUAGAUCCUAUUCCACUGUCUGCCCAGACGUGUUGUAGUGAAUUGAGGUGGGACGCAGGUGGUGCUGUGGUCUAAACCACUGAGCCUCUUGGGCUUGUCGAUCGGAAGGUUGGCGGUUCGAAUCCCCACGAAGGGGUGAGCUCCCGUUGUUCGGUCCCUGCUCCUGCUAACCUAGCAGUUCGAAAGCAUGCCAGCGCAAGUAGAUAAAUAGUACCACUGUGGCAGGAAGGUAAACGGUGUUUCAUGUGCCAGAAGCGGUUUAGUCAUGCUAGCCACAUGACCCAGAAAGCUGACUGUGGACAGACACCUGCUCCCUCGGCCUGUAAAGUGAGAUGAGCACCACACCCCAUAAUCACCUUUGACUGGACUUAACCGUCCAGGGGUCCUUUACCUUAGUGAAUUGAGGGUCAGACUUGGACCAGGAUGGCAUGGCUUGGAGUCACUGCUCACCCAAGAAGCUUUCUUAGCAAUGCUGAGAGGCCACUAUCUCUCAGACAAGAUGGCCUCUGUGUAUGCUGCCCUCAGUUCCUUGGUGGAAGGGCAGGAUAUAGCUGCAAUAGACAAGCAGUUAAUUUUUUAGAUUCUCCAGUGAAAAUUCUAAUUAAUCCCAUAUGAAUUGGCUGCAGGUGUGGUAUGCUGCUUCAUAUGCUGAAUUUGUCAAUCAGAAAAUCCAUGAUGUAUCCGAAGAGGAAAGGAAAGGUAUUUAUCUCCUUUACUUUUCCAGUUGAUUGUUUAAAUCAUAGGGUAUAUUGCAGCACUGAAUUAGCACUAGCAGGUGGAAUUUUGCAUGCCUAGCUCCAGAUAGACUCAAAUAAUAAUUGGAUCUAGGUUAAGGCUGCAUUGCCAAAUUUUGUUUGUUGUUAAAUAUGCUUCUACAUAAUUAGUGGUACACAUGAAAAGAGGCUGCCUUUUAUUGAUGCACAUGGUAAUAGCUGCUGUUGGCAAACACGGCCUACAAUUGAAGUAACCCACAAAAUCCCCCUUUUCGUUCCCAUCACUAUGAUGGAUGGUGCACAGACACUAUCAGACCGAGUCCUUAUGCAAAAAAGGAGCUUGAAAACAAAUAUAAGUUCUAGUUGCUUCAUGGAAAGAUUGAUAGAAAUGAAACCUCAGAAAUCUAGUCUUAUCUACAGACUGAGCUCUUCACUGUCUGUGAUUCACUAUGGUGCAGAAUUUGCACUUGCUUUAAAACAAAAAUUCAAGCAUCUAGUUCUCAUGAUUGAGAUAGGUUUGAAAAUGUGCUGAUCCUGGGUUCAAUCUAUGCAGCUCAUGUAUAUUUCAAGCAAUUUGUGCAGUAACCAUAUUCAACCGGCUGCUAGUAUUUUUCAACGCUGCAACAGACAGGAGCAAAGACCCUGCUUGAUUACCUAACACUCCUGCUUUCAUUCCAGGCAUGUCCUCCCAUCCAUUCCCAUUCCUACUGUCCUUGGUAGUCUUAUACAUUUAAUUCCUGUCCUCUCCUGGCCAAAAAUCCCAUGUUAUGCAAAAAAAAAAACCCCCACAAACCACCAUUGAAUUCAGAGUAAAAUAUUCAAACUGAGUGAGUUUAUGCAAAAUAAAUGUUGUAGUAGUGAAUAAUUUAUUUGGAGUGCAGAAUUUAAGUUACAGCAACAGCCAGAAAGGCUUUUUCCAGUAGGUAAACUACAGAGCAGCUGAGCACUUCUGUAAGGUGUAAGAACAAGAGGGAAUGCAGAUGUAGUAUUCCCUGUCUUCUUAUAAUCUUCUAUGUUCUUCUGUGUGCCUAACCCGUGUUUAGAGGGGAAUAAAAGACAGACUAUGAGCAAAAGGUGUAUAUAGCAUAUUCCUUAGUCAUUCUGAUCUCUGUGGCCCCCUGAAAGUACAGAGGAUGGAGGGGGGAGUCUUUGGUAGAAAUCUGAAAAGCUUGGUGGCGUCUGAAGUUGUCCUUAUCGAUUGGUCUAACUUGAAAAUGCAGUUCUCCGAGAGCAAGAAAAAAACUGGCCCUGUUAUGAGUGCAACCGACGGUUCAUGAGCUCAGAGCAGCUCCAGCAGCACCUGAACUCCCAUGAUGAAAAGCUGGAUUUCUUCAGCAGGUAUUUAUAAGUGUGCAGAACCUCAGCUUUUCAAAGCUGAGUUGUUCCCUGCAGGUUCUUGUUUGAAAGCACAGAGAGAGAGAGAGAGAGAGAGAGAGAGAGAGUUUGAUUUCCUAAGAAGAAUGUACAGAGACUAUUUUCUCCUGAAGGUUGUGUGCCACAAUCUCCUGAGCUCAAAGGUGAGAGCCCCUUUCUCCACUAAUGGGCUGGAUUGCUCUUGUGCCAUGUAGAAGUGAGUGGGGCACAUUUAUGUAUUGCAGAGGUUCAAAAGGUCAGGACCAUAACCAGUUAACUAAACGGCAGAAUGGCCUCUAAUGUCCACUUGGAGUGUGUUUCAGGCUGGUGCCUUCCUUGACUGCAGGAGGGCUAUUGUAUUUGUUUCCUUCUUUCAGGCCUCUCCCCUUUGCCCAAGGUCCAUUUGGGACUGGGAGGAUAGUAUGUUGCCGCUCACCUCUGGAAUCCCCCAUGCUGCAUAGCGGGAGAUAGAGGAGGUGUUCAGGGAUCAUUCUAGGGUUUCAUAGGUUGACCCAAGUCAUUGGGUCACGAUUGAAACCCGGAAGUGACUUUCGAGGUACAACUGUAUAGCUUCCAGUUGCCUCCAGUGCUAGUCAUAUUCAGAGUAGCUCCCUUGAAAUGAAUGAGCAUGGCUAAGUUAGGCACAUUAAUUCCAGUGGGACUACUCUGAGUAAAGCCAAAUUGGAUACAACCCUUGGAUGGAAUGGAAGAAUGGGGCAAUUUCAGGAGAUAUUUGGGGCUACAUUAAAUGAGGAUGUGACCCUGGGGCUGCGGGUUGCUCACCCAUGAUCUAAACUGACAUGUUCAUGUUUACAACAGUGAUCUGGACUAUGUUCCAGGGGAAGCAUAUCCCUGGAUACUAGAUGCUGAGGGCAAACAAGAGGGGAGGGUUAUAGCCUUUGUGGCCUGCUACCUGGAAGCCUCUGGCUGUUCAUUUCUGGAAGCCCCAUUGUACAGCCUGUUCCCAUUGACUGGACCCAUGAGACUUAGGAAUACAGAUUGCUCCCCUCUCUAACUCAGUUUCCUAUAUAUUUUGCAGAGCAAGAGGCAGAGGUCGUGGAAGAGGAAAACGAAGAUUUGGACCAGGCAGGCGACCGGGUCGCCCUCCUAAAUUUAUGCGCUUAGAAGUAACCAGUGAAAAUGGAGGAAAAUGUGCGGAAGGGACACAGGUAUCGUUUGGUAGGAGCAGGCAAAGGCGUUUCCAAUGAAAUUGGGAGCAUGAGUUUGUUUAACUGCUUUCCUGAUCAUUCCCCCAGUCCAUAUAAAGUUGACUCAGAACUAGCCUGGGAAGGGGUAUCUCAGUAGCUUCUGUCAGCAAUGAAUUUCCUGUGCUGAACACAUACAAGGGAUGUUGAAGUUGCAUCAGAAAUAUCCUCAGCAGCAUUUGCCCAUCGGCAAUUCUGUGCUGCAAAAAAUUAGCAAAACAAGGAGGACUAUCUUAAAUUGUCACGCAGUAUACAAAUUUAAUAAAUAAAAUAAAAAACCAUGCCCCUUCUUUUUCUGGUAUGAAAUGGACUUAGUUCUGCAAAACCAGUGUAGCCUAACCAUCAUUGCUAUACCAUAAUACGGCGGGCAGCGAUAUGACCACCAUCCAUUUGAUUUGCAAUUUCAGGACUUGCUGCAUUUCUCCAGCAAGGGGCAGUUUGAUGAGGCUGGGCAAGCCACGCUGAACGGACUAGACCAACAGGAACAAACACCGGUGCCACAAGAGACACCAUCAUCCUUGGAUCAGCAGCCCGAGAGCCACCCUUUACAGCUCCAGCCGCAUGAACAGACUGUGGUGGCUACCCAGAGCACAAUGACAGCAGACGACAUGCGGAGAGCUAAGCGUAUCCGGGUAAGCGAAGAACUCAGCAGCUGGCUGGGGCUCUGUGUGCUCCCUGCGUGUCUGUGGGUUUACUGUUAAGGUCAUCACCAUUUUUACUGGCUCUGUUCGAACCCCUUUAGACAGCAGACUGAUAUGCAGAAGUUAAGCAGGCAAUGUCCCCCACACCCCACCCCAUAAUUAUAUUUCCAGGCUUAAAAGAUUUUGUCUCCUUAAUUAAUGCAUGUCAGGCUAAUCUCUUAAAGAAAGGGUUGCCAAUGUGCUGUGCUCCAGAUGUUGCUGGACUUCAGCUCUCAUCAUCUGUGCUGAUGAUUUAUUUAUUUAGAUCAUUUGUACACCACUCUUCAGCCAAAAAAGUUUCCCAGAACGGCAUACAUACAGUCUGUUAAAACCAGACAGUCCCUUCCCGCAGGCUUGCAAUCUAAUAAACACCAUGGCCAUUCUGGCUGGGGCUGAUGGGAGUUGUAGUCCGACAACAUCUGUAGGGCACCAUAUUGACUACCCCUGCUCUAAGGCUCAGAAGCAGGGCUAGUAAGAAUAAUUGGUAGCCUUAUUUGUAAGUGUGGAGUCCGGCAUUUUGUGGAAAAACUGAUGCCCCGAGAACCUCAGAUUUCACGUUGUAAAACAAAGAGCUUUAGCCAUUUUGGGGCACAGACUCAGACACCAGAAGGUAGCAACUGAUAGACCUAGCAGUCAGUGGCUGGAGUUUCAGUGCCCCAGAUAACUUCCAUAGCCAUCUAUGUUGGUUUAUUUACCAUACCUUUCCUCCCUAUUCCUGUCAUUAUUUGCCUUCUCUUGCUCUCCUGCUCCAAAUUGUAUGAAAAUCUGUGUCUUCUAAACAGUAACUUUUGCCAGAUAAGACAUACAUAUUUAAUAUUCAUAAUUUAUAUGGGGUAUAGAAUUAGUGUCCUUUGUUCAAAAGUGGGGAAGGGUGGUUUGCUGUAAAGUAUGCACAGCCCCUCGUUAGCCAUUUUCCACUCGAGGUUUGAUUUGCCUCUUAGUUACUGCUGACCUUUUACCCGAAAUUGGUGUCAGCUUCUAAACUUCCUACACCCGACAUUUCAGGCAGAGAACAUCUCAUCGCUCAUAAAAAGAAGACAGACUUCGCGCUAAGAGAUGGUUGCCUCUUUGCGGAUGCUUGAUUUGCCUGCUGGUUACUGCUGACCUUUUUACCUUAAAUUGGUGUCAAUCUCUAAACUUCUUGCGUGACAUUUCAGGCUGAGCACAUCCCACUGCCGCUGCAAAGACAAACUUCACACAAAUUGCUCGGUGCCUCUCCUGAUGCUAGGAGGAACUGGGCAGCAAUUGAAGUUGAUUAGAUUCAUGAUGCUCAGCUAGUCCUUCCUGGGAAUCUAGUGCAUCCAGUCUGGCAGGCAGACGUAUUCCAAUCUGCCGCAUGAAGUGGGGUGGACUAGCGGGCUGCUCGCAGCACCAUCUGUGUGUAUGUCGCUGUGCUCUUGCUGUUGGAAGACAUUGGCAAAGAGGCACCAUGACCUUGGCCCAUAUCCAUUUUUCCUUCGAAGGCAAAGAUUUCUUUUAAUGAUAAAGUUCUUUUGCGGGGGGUUGCAGACCUUUGCAAUAUUAAAGCCUGCAUUGAGAACUCUGUAUACCAAAAACAAAUACUCUGAGCCCAUGCUUUCUGGCAACUGUGUGCUACUCUUUUGUCAAGUUUAAGAGGGAAAUUAUUAAGACAAAUAAUCCUCCAAACUGUUCAGUUGGAAGAUCAGUUUGUGCAGCUUAAAUACCCCAUCCUUCUUUCUGUGCGUAAGAUUUUGGUUGCAAAAAGAAACAGCUGCAAACAGGUUGAGUUUUCAUUCACUUGUAGCUUCAGAGGGCUGGCGUUUCUUUCUUUUUCAAAAAGUGUGUGGAUGCCUUAACAAAAGAGAUUGAGCAAGUUAAUUGCACCGGGGUGAAUUCAACACCAUCAAAGAACUUGCGCCACAUGCAAGAUGGCAUGUUAAGAGUACACCUUGGCAAUGCUUCCUUAUUGGCCGAAGAACAUUCACCUCCCCCGAUACAGAAAUAGCAAUGCAUAUCAAAUAGGUUUUUAAAAUAUAAUUUGUUUUACAGUAAGCUUUCUCGCAUACAAAAGUGUAUUUUUAAAAAUCACUCUUUUUUUUGCAUAACCAUGGACAAGAACUGUUUAUCAACCCUGAAAAUCUUUUGACUUCACCUUCAAAUGCAUUGGGUUAGAAUCUCUAAUGGAAUGUUGUGAGAAGUAUCUGAGUAUUCAAGGCCGGGUGUCGUUUUUAAAUGCAUCAUUUAUGUGAAAACAUUUUGGAGGACUACAUUAUAUAGGCAUCUGUAGUCUGCUUGUGUAUUUCGCAUUGCAGCAUGAUUACACUUUGCUGUCUGCAGUUUCCAUCUUCUGCUGUGUUAGUUGAGGCUCAUUUGCUUGAGCCUCUCUGCUGAGUUUUCUCCUUGGCAGUUUUGGCAUGCCACAUCUCGCUGUCUUCUUGCUGAAUCCUGGCCAUGCUUCCUCGUCAUUCAUGUUAGAAGAUUCAGGGCAGACAUAAGAAAGCAUUAUCCACGCAGUGCAUAGUCUAAACUAUGGAAUUUGCUCCCACAAGAUGUUGUGAUGGGCACCAAUUUGGAUGGUGUUAUAAGAAGAUUAGACAAAUUCAUGGAGGAGAAGGCUAGCAAGGUCCACCAACCCUGACGGACAAAUUCUUCCUCCAUUGUAUGUAUGCUUCUGAAUACCUUUUGCUGGAGGGGAGAGUGCUGCUGUACCCUGCCGAGGCUCUUCGGGCUGAAACUACAGAGAUACCUAUGGGACACAGCAGAGGCACAGGAAAACAACAGCAGCCACCUGCUCCUUAGUUCUGAAAGGCCCCAUUCUAGAAAAACACUUCUCUUGGGGCCCCAUGGGGUUGCAUUCGGCUAACCUUUACCUAGAGUAGACCCAGCGAAGUCUUUAGCACAUGUGCCGCCGGGGUGCAAAGAUCCACCCAGCGCCCUCAAAUUUAGUUUUGCCCCCAAAUUACAAUUCCCAUCAUCCCUGACCACUGGUCCUGCUAGAUAGGAAUCAUGGGAGUUGUAGUCCCAAAGCAGCUGGAGGGCCAAGUUUGGCCAUCACUGGUUUAACCAGUCUGGAAAUUGUAGCCUUGGGAGGGAAGCAGGGGUCUCCUAUCGACUCUCAACACUCUUGAAAAACUACAGUUCCCAGGAUUCUUUGGGGAAAGACACAGCUGCUGAAAGCAGCAUCACGGGGCUUAAAUGCAUAGUGCAGAUGGGACCGUGAGCUCAUAGACUCCCUUGUACGGCUUGGGUGCUUCUAUAGGUAACCCAAAGGGAGUCUAAAUUCUCCUUCUGACCAUAUCCCCUUGGGCAUCAUCAAUUGCUACUCUGGACGGUGCUCUAACCAUUGAGAGCAGUGCGAGGAGACAGAUGUGUAAGAAUGAGAGGGGGGAAACCAGUUUCCAUGUAGCCCUUUGGAUUGCAGCUAUAGUAUGCUGUGCAACAGCUGUCCCUCAUACAGUGGUACCUCGGGGUAAGUACUUAAUUUGUUCCGGAGGUCCGUACUUAACCUGAAACUGUUCUUAACCUGAAGCACCACUUUAGCUAAUGGGGCCUCCAUUAUGCGCCAAAGCACAAUUUCUGUUCUUAUCCUGAAGCAAAGUUCUUAACCUGAAGCACUAUUUCUGGGUUAGCGGAGUCUGUAAUCUGAAGCGUAUGUAACCUGAAGCGUAUGUAACCCGAGGUACCACUGUAUAGCAGCAGAGGUAAAUACUCUCUCUCUUUUAUAGCCAGAACUGAAGGAGCCUAAACAGAUUUCAACAAACAUUUAUGACCAUGGGGAAUGUUGCAGUGCCUUGCGCUGCCCUGCACCUUCUUUAAGAGGCUGAGUAGGACACCUGAAGGAGAGACCCUGGCAGGUGUUUCUCAAGCCCCAGCUCUACGCACCUGACAGGCACUUUCCAAUUCCAAGCAGAGCUUCUGUCCAUGUGGCAUUAAACUUUCCUUCACCACAGUUCAGUUGCACUGCUAACUUGGGAAUGUGAAAGUGUUUCCACAAGCCUGAUGUGUGGUGAUGUGCGGUGCAUGCUAAUAACUUACAUGGUUAAAUACAGUUGCUUCCUCUGUCUCGCCCUGCGAUUCCCCACCCCCCUCCUUGUUGGUAUGGAUCAGAAUUAAUAUUUAAUGUCUGAGAAGUAGAGUGGAAAACAGACAAUGGUUAAUAAUAGAAGAGAAAUUGCAGCCCGAGAGUGCAAAUUUUCUUGGCUGUUUUCUCCCACUCGGUGGGGGUAUAUGGAGUCCUGCUGCCUUUUCAAUCUUUUGCUGGGCUGGUGUCUUGUAAUUGGAGAUUGCAUGUACAAAAAUAUAGAAAUGGCUCCCACGCCAGCUACCUGCCAACAUCAGAAUUCCUCUUUAAUUACUGAAGCACGCAGGACACUUGGAAGCAAGGCUGCAAAGCCAGCUGUGAACUGUUCCCACUGAAGCCAAAGCAGAGAUUAAGAGAGAUGACUCUGUUGCAAUGGGUUAAUCUAGAAGGACAUAAGUGUGUGUUGGAUUUUUUUUUUAGUGCUAUUUAAAAUGAACGUAAGUGGAUACUAAGAGUGAAGGUACACAUAGCAUUUGAAGAGCAACAGAGGUGGUGUGAUAGUGUCUUCACUGCCCCUCAAACACACAUGCUUUAUUAUUAUUUUUUGUCCUAGGCUGAGCUGUGAAGAAAUAAUGAAGUGGUUCUACAUGUUUUGGGUAUAGGCAAGGUUGAGGGACGCGGGUGGCGCUGUGGGUUAAACCACAGAGCCUAGGACUUGCCGAUCAGAAGGUCAGCGGUUCGAAUCCCCGCAAUGGGGUGAGCUCCCGUUGUUCGGUCCCUGCUCCUACCAACCUAGCAGUGCGAAAGCACUUCAAAGUGCAAGUAGAUAAAUAGGUACCGCUCCGGUGGGAAGGUAAACGGUGUUUCUGUGCGCUGCUCUGGUUUGCCAGAAGCGGCUUAGUCAUGCUGGCCACAUGACCCGGAAGCUGUACACCGGCUCCUUUGGCCAAUAAAGCAAGAUGAGCGCCGUAACCCCAGAGUCGGUCAAGACUGGACCUAAUGGUCAGGGGUCCCUUUACCUUUACCUUUUAAGGUUGAAUCAAGUGAAAGUCAUUUCCUUUGUUUUAGGGAAACAAGUGCUAAUUGUGGUGGGUGCCUAUUGGUUUGCACCUGUGACAUCACAAAUACCCUUCUCUCCCUUUCGCUUCCUGCAUCUCAGAAAAGUCAACCAUUCUUGAAAUUAUUCUGAUAAUCUUUGGAAUGCUAAAGACAGACACAUGUGCCUCUCAGUUAAACAAACAAAAAACUUGCAAGGUUGUGUGCUUGCCCACACAGAAUUGCCCUGUGAUAUAGAAAGUGACUUGUUUUCUUCUUCCAUCUAAAAAAAAAAACCCACCAACCUUUUGCGGUGGAUGGAGUGCAUUUCUGUUUUCCACCAUGUAGCAAACAUCUGAAUAUUAUUUUAUUAAAAAAGCACUGAGGCUUUUAUUGCAGCAACAAAGCUAACACCUUAGCAGCAAGGUUCCAAUUUACCUUUCGGUUGGUUGUUUCAGUUUUGAGACUGAAUAGGAGCCAUGGUAACUGAAAGACUUUAGAAGAAUUAACGUUGACUAUCCUAAUGUUACAUCUAUCUUUACUGAAAAGUGCAUAAUUAAGAUCUUGCACUAGCAGAAAACAAGAUGCAUUUCUCCCCAGUGUGGAUAAAUGGUUAAGUCCAAAUCUGCAGUGUUGUUUGUGAGCAUAAAUAAAGUAGAGGUUAGUUGUUCUAGAUUAACUCAUUUGUGAUGUGAAAUCAUGCAUGUACCCUCAAAAUUACACACAGGGUGGGAAGAAGACUAUUGUGGCUCAGUUCAAUCUAUAUCCCAUUAAGUUCAUGCAAAAAUUCCCCUUGAGUUUAGUGACUCUAAAUCAACCCUGAAUAUUAUACUGGAGGCAUUAAUUUUACCUGUUGCCCUUUUUUAAUUGUGAUUCCAGGCUUGGUACAGUAAAAUGUCCCUUUAUUGCUAUAAUGAACCUGCAUACAGAUUAAGUAUAGCAUGUAUUUGUAAUUGUAUUUAAAGAGAAACAAAAGGGACAAAAUGGCUCCAAGAAAGGAGAAAGCUACAGACAAAAAACUCCAUAAUUACUUAAAUGAGUUUUUGUCACAUGUAUUAAUGACAGCCAAUUAUCGUUAGUUUCUCUACUACUAAACACAUUUUGUUCUCUGUGACUAAGUUUGAUUAGCCUGUGUUUUCCCAAGUCUGAAUAAGUAAUGUUUUGUUUGUGGUUAAUAUUUUGCCUCACACUAUCAUUGUUAAGAUUCAUUUGGUUUCCAGAGAUCAUGAGUCAUACUUAAAAGAAAAUGAUGGGUUCUCUAAUGUACGUCUAAUUAACAGAAUGAAAACUGAAUUUUUCUUUUUGCUCAGCUAUACAAAACAUUGAGAAGGAAAGAAGCAGUCCCAGAGCAUUCAAGUUAGCAUCUAAGGAACUGCAGCUCUAGUGCCUAAUCUAUUGGAUGCCUCAGAUUUUGAAUAAUCUGGGAGACCAGUGCUUUCCCCCCUAGAAAAAUAGGUACCAGUACUCACCAUUAAGUUGUUACAAUAAGUGCCACACUUUUUAACAACAAAAAAAGAGGUUCCGGUACUGCGUAUCCUUGAUUACCCCCUGGGGGGGAAAAGCACUGUGGCAUGCAUUUAAUUCUCAACAGAAUCCUUUGUUAGUUUCAGCUGGAGUCCUGUGAAACCUUCGUAACAGUUAGCUGAAGCAUUGUUUUCAUUGCCUGGCAAAAAGGAUGAGUAACUUGCUUGCCUCUUGCAAUUCUUGGACCAGAAGCUGUCAAGCUUGGGGUGGGGUGGCUUUGGGCCUCCAGAUAUCGUUGUCCUACAACUCCUACCAGCCGUGAUCACUAGGACCCUUGUACUUAACGGGACUGCCUCUUCUGGUAUUUCCCGCAGAGGACCCUAAGGUCCAUGAAUAAUAAUAGCUGAAAGGUCGCAGGCCCUAAGGAAGCCAGUCUAUCCUCCACCAGGGCCAGGGCUUUUUCAGUGACGGCUCCAACCUGGUGGAAUGCUCUGUGCCACGAGACUAGGGCCCUGUAGGACUUGAUUUCCUUCCGCAGGGUCUGUAAGAUAGAGCUUUUCUGCCUGGCUUUCAAUUUGAAUUAGCCUAAUCCUCUUAUUAGGGAUGCGGGUGGCACUGUGGGUUAAACCACAGAGCCUAGGACUUGUCGAUCAGAAGGUCAGCGGUUCGAAUCCCUGUGACGGAGUGAGCUCCCAUUGCUCGGUCCCUGCUCCUGCCAACCUAGCAGUUUGAAAGCAUGUCAAAGUGAAAGUAGACAAAUAGGUACCGCUCCGGCGGGAAGGUAAACGGCGUUUCUGUGCACUUCUCUGGUUUGCCAGAAGCAGCUUAGUCAUGCUGGCUACAUGACCCAGAAGCUGUACGCCGGCUCCCUCGGCCAAUAAAGCGAGAUGAGUGCCGCAACCCCAGAGUCGGCCACGACUGGACCUAAUGGUCAGGGGUCCCUUUACCUUUACCUUUAAUCCUCUAUUCCCUUUCCUCUUCUAUGAAGAAACCCUUUCUGGGACCCCAUGUUUAAAUUCUUCCCUGGUCUCCUUGCUGGCCCUAGUAGGACCAACUUGGCCUGUUACCCCUGGUGAUCAUUUGAUGUCUACUGACUGCCCCCCCCCCCAAAAAAAAGACUCCUGGAUUUUUGAAUUUUAUUGAUAUUGGUGCUGCAUUUUAUGUUGUAUUUUAUGCUGUUUUUAAGUCGCAUUUUAAUCAGUGCUUUAUAUUUGCUGCUAGCCGUCCUGAGCCCGGUUUUUAUUUUUAUUAUUUUAUUAUUAGCCAUGUGGACUAGGGCUGAUAGAACUCAGAAGUAUCAGAAGAGCCACAGUUUCCCCAUCUCUGUGCUAGGCCAACUUGUGCUGGUUGGAGAGCCUCUCCCCUCCUGUUAAUCUGUAGUUAAGGAGACUAUAGCUCAAGUGGUAGCAAUGCUCAUAGAAGGUCACAGAUUCAGUCCCUGGCAGCUCGCAGGGAAUAGGAGUCACCAUGCGUUUGCUGAGAAUUACUGCCAUUUGUUUUUCCGCCAUGGAAGGAUUUCUUCCAUAAUGCAAUGGGCCCGGAAUAAAUUGCAUUUCAAACACCUGGGGGGUUCCCUUUCUUUCUUUUGAUUGAAAUCCCCGAGUGUCACUGCCAGUCAGAGCAGAAGCUAUUGGGCUAGAUGGACAAAUUAAUCUGACCUGGCAUAAAGUGUUCCUCCAGAUGUGAUGUCUUCACGCAUCUGGGGUUUCCCUUACCCAGUUUCACAUUCUUGCUUGCAAGCAGGGGGUUUGCUAGGUGAGGAGGAAACGCUUAACAUGAUGAUGUUAUGUGUUUCCUUAACAGAAAUAGGAGGGGGAACCUGACACAGGAGAGUCGCUUUGGGCAGCAACCCAGUGAUCUAUGUGUGGUGCCACAAACUGCUAGAUCAGGGCAAGAAUCUGUCAAAAUGUGUCUUGGUGCAAAUGAUGGGAAGUCAUAAUUCAAGCACUAAAGCCCUGUGUCUUCCUAGGCUCUGCUGCCGACUCACCGUUGUGUCCUUAGGCAAAUCCAUUUACCUCUCUUUCUGUUUCUCCGUGUGCAGACUGCAGAUAGGUCCUAGGUGCUUUUUAUGGAAACACAGCUAGCUAGAAUCUUAGCUAGUUGACACGGCUUGUUUUUUUAAUGUAUCUUUUCAGAACGCAGCUCUCCAGCACUUGUUCAUCCGAAAGUCAUUCCGUCCCUUCAAAUGCUUGCACUGUGGGAAGGCGUUCCGUGAUAAGGAAAAGUUAGAUCAGCACUUACGGUUCCACGGGCGGGAAGGAAAUUGUCCUCUGACCUGUGACAUCUGCAACAAAGGCUUCAUUAAUACCAGUGCCCUGGAGAGUCACAUGAAGUUCCACUUGGACCAGAAGACCUAUUCUUGCAUUUUCUGCCCCGAGUCCUUUGACCGCUUGGAUCUGUUGAAAGAUCACGUGGCGAUCCACGUUAACGAUGGUUGUUUCACCUGCCCUACCUGUAAAAAGCGCUUUCCGGAUUUUAUCCAGGUGAGUAGUAGGUGAAUCAAAAGCACUGACUGAAUCAAAAGCACUGACUUCUAAAGCUUUUGCCAGCUUUGUUCUUAGCUGAGCCUUUUUGUUGUUUUGUUUUCUCACAACUGAGAGUUCGUAAGGAGUCCCAAGCUGCAAGAUUAAUUGAGACCUUUCCUUUGCACAGUAAUUUCUGUGUAGGAAAAAAUGUGCACACAGUCAUUUAUGAAAUGCAUUUUGAGAGUUUACUCCGCUUUCAGUGCUAGGGUUUGACAGCUUGACUUAUUAAUUAAAACAAGGGCUAGAAACCAGUUACAACAUUUUAAUUGAUUAAUCAUCUGCCUUCAUAGCAAUUAAUUGAAUAAUAAAUUGAAUGCAUUUAGGGAUAUUUACAAAAAUGCAAAAACACUAUUUAACAGACAGAAGCUAUCCUUUGUUUCUGGAAAGGAAGUCUUUAAUUCCUGCACUGCAGGGGGUUGGACUGGAUGGCCUUUGGGCUCCCUUCCACCUCUGCAGUUCUCUGAUUCUGAUACUUUUAUUUUAUUCUUCAUUACAGUAGCACUUUAGAAACAAAAUAGCUUCAAAAACAGACAAACUGUGCCCUUCGCUCCAUCUUGCAAAUUAAAAUUUGAUCCUGGAGAGAGUGACCGGCCCAAGGUCCUGCAGUGAGCUUCGUGGCCAAGGGGGGUUUCGAACCCUGGUCUUCCAGGUCCAUAGUCUGACACUCUAACCAUUCACCAUGCUGGUUGUCACAAGUAGACACUUGUCAUCGCUGCCAGAUGUUUACAAAGUGGGCACAGAAGAAACUGAGCCUCAUUGUUGGAGAAGGCCCUUCAGGUGUCUGACAGGGUCCAGUCUAAGAUCUCAAAAAGGUUUAAGAUGUAUUCCAAGACAGGUCUGGCUUCAGCUGUGUUGAAGGCUGAGCCUUCAGCUCCUGUUGUUGUGCCAUCAUUGAAGGAAGAGGUUCCUCUUUGGAGGCCCAUGGAUCCAAGGACCAGGAAUCUGCUCCCCACCCAACUGGUGGCUAGUCUAAGCCAGCCUCCCCCACAACGAGGCAACCGCUUCUUUGGCAUUGAAGCUAGAGAGAGCCUUGGAUUCAAAACAGCCAGCAUCUUUAGACUCUUUUGGCCCAAGAAACUGGUUAACCAUCAGCUAAUUUUCAAGACAUGCCUACACAUCCUCCACAUGUUGCUGGUUUGCUGUGGGAACGUUUAUGGUGCUACAGCGCUGUUAAUAUAUGAUCCGAGCCGCUACAUUUUUUGUUUCUGUUUUGGAAUUUUUUACUACCCCAUUCCAUGCAGUUUUGUGUGCAUAAUUAAAUAUGUUUUAUCUGUGAAGUGGCUAUUACUUUUCAACUCCCUAAGUGCUUGCUUUGAAAAGAUAAAGUAACAAAAUCCCUCUGUGGUGUCAUUAGCGCUGGAAAAAAAAGUAGGAUCUGUUUUAUCUUUAGUGCUCAGAUGUUGAGGUUUCACUGGAUGUUUUAUCAGAGAUCCUGUUGCGACUCGGAUGAAACAAAGGCAGGAUUCUUUCUUGGUACCACUUAGUACUUUUUUGGGGGAGAGAGGUGUGGGGGAGACUUCUCUACCCCCCAAACGCUGAACAGAGCUGGAUACAAUUCUCAAUCACAGCUCUGUGAUGUAGUUGUUUGCGUAUUGCAUUCACUUGAGAGGACCCUGGAAGAAUGUGAUAAUCUUGCACCUGAGCGUCCAGGGGGAGGGGCAGGGAAGUUCCCUGGGGUAGAAUGUGCACUGGCAAAGGCAAGGUCAGCCUCUGUUCCCCACAGCCCCAGGCUCUGGAGUAUAUAUGGUAUCUCAGGCAUAUUUCCAAUGUCUGGGCCAUUGUCUGGCAAACAAAGUAGGAAGAAAGUACACAGGUAAGCCGAUUUCUUGAUUCCAGAAAGUACUUGAAAUGAAUGAAUGCCGCUCUUGAUUUGUGUAGUUAAGAACAUAAGAAGAGCUCUCCUGGAUCAGGCCAAUGGCUCCUCUAGUCUGGCCCAGAUGCCUGUGGGAAACUCGCGAGCAGGAUUUCAGCACAAGAGCACUCUCUCCUCCUGUGGUUUCCAGCAAACUGGUAUUCCAAAGCAUUGCUUCCUCCCAACUGUGGAGGCAGAGCACAGCUAUCAGUGAGGAACGAGAAUCAGGCAUGGGGCAGCAAUAAGACAAUAAAGCACUUGACAAAACAGCUCAGUCCUAGUGGUCACAGCAACUCUUCCCAGUAGGUCUUGCCCCAAUGAAACAGCUGCAAGGACUGAAGGUUCCCACCUUCCCACUGCUCCCCAGUUCCUUCCCCAGCAGUCUAAGGCUUCACUGUCUUGCCUCUCAUUGCUCCACCUUCUUCAUUUCUCUGUGAGUUCUGGGAGACCAGGGGGGAGAGGAGCUGGUUGCAGCAGGAGGGGGAGACAGCCUGGCUUCCUCACCAGCCUGCCUCUUCUCUGCCUCUUGGCCCCCUUCCUCUCCAGCCUCUGCUCCUGCCUCUGAUUCUGGACUCCUCUCUGCCAAAACCUCUUCCUGCUCACUAAACCCUGUUGCCUCUUCAGCUCCCGACAUCUCCUCCCAGUCUGCUCCCUCUUCUCCCUCUCACUACUCAUCGUCGCCCUACCACCUGGCUCUGAGCCUGCUUCCCCAGGGGGUUCCAACUGGUGCCUCCCCCCCCCACUCCUCUGCAUCCAGCCAGUCCAUGACAUCAGCCAUCAUGGCCAGCCGUUCAGAUCAAGACCUCUUGCAAGUGACAGGAAGGGGAACAAAUGAACACAUUCAAAUUAUUUUAUUUCAGUGACCAAAGAUCACAGACACAAUUACUUCUGUCAUCAUACAAAAUAAAUAUUCUUUCUACUUCCCAUUUCUCUCAAAUAGCUCAUCACUCGUUUUGUCCAUUCUCUGAAUCAUAAACUCUUGAUAGAUCUCUGGAUCCGAUUAUAGUUCCCUAAUCAUUGUAUCUUUUUAAAAAGACAACUCAGUCAUGCAGUGUCAUCAAUCCCGAUAAUUACCGAUGAAAGUGCGGUGGAGGAUCAUUUCCCCAAAGCUUCAAAACUCGGUCUUUUGGCCAGUAAUGCAGCUAUCCACAGCCAGCAUUUUUCAUGCUCAUCAGUGGCCCAGAUUAACUGGAUAUAUCCUAGAUAACAGCAUUUGCCAAUUGCCAGUUCCUCUCUUCCUAAGGCCACAGUACUAUCCACUAGUCUGUGGGCCAGAAUAAUCCAUGCCACUAACAGAUGACCAAAUUGUAUACUAUUACUACUACUUAUAAUAAUCAUAAACCACCUAAAAUCACUAACCACAGUACUAAAUUUAAAAUAAAACAGGUCAUGCCUGUAGACUUAACUGUUUUUAAAAAUGGCAUUACCUAGCAGACAGGACUUAAUAGGAAGAGAACUUGUGCAUUGAGAUGGUAUGAGGUCAUCAGUGGGGAUGGGAUUGAGGAGCAAAUAUGCUUCCGAAAAGAGCCCCUCGGGGAUUUGAUUUGCUCUGUGCAUUUCUAACAAUGUGCAAAGAAUAUGUUGCAGCCUAGUAGUUGCAUGAAGUACACAGUAUCUCAUUUGUUUUCAUAAUAAAUGAAAGUUUGAGCACUUUUUUUACACACACAUCUUGAUUAAAAUGUGGUGGGGCUACUGGCAGCUAGAUAAAGUUCAUCUGGUGACCAUAUUUGGGUAUUCCUGUUCUGUUAAUUAUGAUAAUUCCAAGAUGCUGGUUUGGUAAAAUGCUUUCCUUUUAUUGGAUGGUGUUCUGCUUACAGUAGUAGACACAACACUUUGGAUGUUGUCAAAAACUAUUCUGAGCAAGGCCACAUUGUUUCCCAAAUAAACAGGUGAAUAUUCAUUCACAUUGCUCCUUUCCCUUCCCUGUGGGUGCUGUGAGCAACCCCUACCCUGCCACUUAAAGAUACAGUGUUUUGCCGGAAAAGGCCAAAGAGCUCUUCACAGUUGUCCUUCUUUGUCUCUUGGAUGCUUAGAAUUCUUUAGAACUGGAUUGCAAAGAAAUCAGUUGGUGUUGUGUUUUCUUGAAUGGUUCAAGGUUUCUUUUACAGUACUAUGUGCAGAUGGAUACUCGGCAAAGGAAGAAACUUGAGCAAUAACAGCAGUAGAGUCUCCCACUAGUGCCACUAAGUGGAAUUGCCUGUUGGUCCAUUUGCUGUUAUGUUUGAGGGAUAACGUUUUGGUUUUCCCCACUGAUAAUCUCUCGCAGGUGAAGAAACAUGUACGCAGCUUCCAUUCAGAAAAGAUUUACCAGUGCACCGAAUGCGACAAGGCUUUCUGCCGCCCUGACAAGUUGCGACUCCACAUGCUGCGGCACUCGGACCGCAAAGACUUCCUGUGCUCUACGUGUGGCAAGCAGUUCAAGGUAAUGUGGUCAACAGGUUUGGCAUGUGCUGUUACAGGCAGGGACAGAGCGACAGCUUUCUCUUUCUCCUCGCCAGAACUGAUUUUUCACAAACAGACAUAAUCUGCCAGCACACAGAGUCAUGCUGAAUUUGGCACACACCAACCCACACUGUGAACAUUUUUUUGCAAUGUGCACAUAUGCAAGCAUGUGGGUAGUGCUUUACCUCAGCAACUUGUGAGCAAGUGACUCCUCAUGAAAAGUCACGUUAGAAAUAUAUUGCAAACUAAUGAGUCACAAAUGUCUUCCUUUUUAUUCCAGCAUAGUACACAAGUCCACGUAAUAUUUCUGUUACAGUUUCUGCUUAUGAGAUCAGACCAGCCUUCCAAACAAAUCUGUAGCAAUCACUAUACCACACAAAUUUUUAUAUGCUCUCGUGCCAUCGCGUGCCUAUGCUAGGAAAGAAAACGAACCAAGUUUUGUAAAUCUUGGAGGUUUUUCUUAAAUGCCACAAGUGACUGGGUAAGUGGCUGUUUACAACCCAGGAUGAGAUUUUCUGGUGUGAAAUUAGGCCUGCUGGCAGUGAACUGAAAUCUGGAAUGUGUCCAUUUGUUAUCAACAUUAAAUUCUAAAUUCCUUGUGCCUGGAAUGUGUUUUUUCAGCUUGUGGCACUCUGCAAAGCACCCUAUACCUUGAUUUGUUUAGUCAACUUAGUUGUGUUCAACUCUCUGUGACCCCAUGAACCAGAGCAUGCCUUGGAAACUCUCACUUCUCAAAGCUUCUCCUUUUUUAUGUCCAUGGAGUUUCUUGGCAAAAUACUGGAGUGGUUUGCCAGUUCCUUCUCUAUCCAGGUGGAUCACAUUUAGUCUAAACUCUUGGCUAUGACCUGUCUGUCUUGGGUGGCCCUGCACGGCAUAACUCAUAGCUUCUUGGAGUUAUUCAAGCCCCUUCGCCACGACAAGGCAGUGAUCCAUGAAGGGGAUACCUUGAUAGAGCUGUGUAAGAACAGUAAGAAUCUCAGUUUGCACUUACUCACUUACUAGUGCUCAGCCACACAAGUAACAUGGAAGAAAAAUAUUAAUGUAAUGUACAUGAUGCGUCAGGUUGACCUAUUGUAAUGGGCCUAAAUGCUGGUAGGACCACAGUGGUGAAGAAUUCUUUCUCUUUCGUUGUGAGCAGUGCUGUUAACAAGCAACUUCAGUGACUCCUGGAAAGGUUUUCCAUUUUCUGCAUUAGAAAACCUUCCCUCAAGUGCCAAAGUGCUUUCUCUGCUUUGCUGACCUUAUUUUUUGACCCUGUGAUUUGCCCAGCAUUGUGUCGUCUUUCAGUAACGUGUAGGUAACUCGGAAGCGCAAGUAUUUCCCCCAUCUGAUUAUUGUGAUUUUCCUUUUCCAUCCCUCACCUUUCAGAGAAAGGACAAACUUCGGGAGCACAUGCAGAGAAUGCACAAUCCGGAAAGAGAAGCAAAGAAAGCCGACCGAAUUAGCCGCUCCAAAACGUUCAAGCCUCGGAUAGCCUCCACAGACUACGAGAGCUUCAUGUUCAAGUGCCGCCUGUGCAUGAUGGGGUUCCGGAGGCGAGGCAUGCUGGUUAGUGUGAGGAUGCUGGAAGGGCUGCAGGGAUAGCUCAGUUGGUUAGAGCGGAGGUUUUCAACCUUUUUGAGUCCACAGUUCCCUGGGCCAACUACAUUCUUUCUGCAGCCACCCCUGUGGGGCUCAGGAGCCCAGUUAUGUCACCUCUUCCCUGCAGAGCUGGCAGCCUCUCACACCUUGGGGAGUGUUCCCUCAGCCUCCUCUCCCCUCUCCUUGGGAGUCCUCUGGGCAGCCGCUGCUUCCACCCCUGGUCUCUUGAGCUGCACCCCCUGCGUCAAAGAGAGGUGCCUCCCCACACUGCCCCACGGGGCCCUGGGACUUGUAUGUCCAUUCCCAACAGAAAGGGCUGGUGGACUGGCUGGCUGCCUGGGCUUUCUUGUCCACUUGCUUGCUUACUCCGAGGCAGCCUCGGCUCCUGGCAACCAGCACCCCCUGGCCAGCCCCAGAGGCACCAUUUCCCUCCAGAGUUUGUAGCCAGGGCUGCUGCAACAAACAGCUGCACAAGCCUUUGGAGGGCAGAGAUGUGAAAGGGCAUCAGAGGAGGGAGAGAAGGAAAGAGAGACAGUGUUGCCCACGGCACCCCUGACCAGCAUUCAAGGCACCCCAAGUUGCCUCGGCACACUGGUUGAAAACCACUGGGUUAGAGCAUGGUUGCAGGUUUGAACCUUGUAUGGGACCAGGUGCAUGUUCCUGCAUUGUAGGGGAAUGGACUAGAUCAGGCUUCCUCAAACUCGGCCCUCCAGAUGUUUUGAGACUACAACUCCCAUCAUCCCUGACCACUGGUCCUGCUAGCUAGGGGUCAUGGGAGUUGUAGGCUAAAAACAUCUGGGGGGCCGAGUUUGAGGAAGCCUGGACUAGAUGAUGGUUAGGGUCCCUUCCAGCACUACAAUUCUAUAAUACUACGCCCCAGCUUCGCUUGAGAUCUUAGCCCAGGCUUCCUCAAACUUGGCCCUCCAGAUGUUUUUGGCCUACAACUCUCAUGAUCCCUAGCUAGCAGGACCAGUGCUCACAGCUGAUGGGAAUUGUAGUCUCAAAACAUCUGGAGGGCCAAGUUUGAGGAAGCCUGUCUUAGCCAGUCAAUCUCUGCCUAUUGGGAAUUGGUUUCACUAGGCAAGAAACCUUCUCUGUGAGCUUGUGUUAUUUAUUAAGAUACACAUGCAAAUUUAGAGCAGGGAACACACUGGUGCAGAGACAACUCACUCCUCACCGUUGCACCGUCAGUGAAAGUUCUUUUGUUCUUUCAGUUCUUCAGUCUUGUCCAUAUCAUUUAUCACAUUCCUAUCUUCCAAGGCACUCAGGGCACUUCCAAAUAACCUUUUUAUUGAGCAACCAUCUUGAUUUGUUUUCAGGGACCUUAGGCAACACCAGCUAUUUAACAAGCAUUCAUUCUGAUUUGUUUGUGUGGCGCUUAGAUGAUGUGCCCAAGCAAGUGCUUUUAUUCCACGCUUUCCAAUGCAUUUUCCUGCCACUUCCCUUAUCACGAAAAGUCUGAUCUUUUGGGGAAAUGGCUUUGUUGCGCUAUAGCACCAGAUCACCUUUCAUCGCGCAACCUAAAUUUGCUGAAAAUAGCAACAGUCUGGAAGUACUCUCAGUUUCGCAUGUGUGAUUCUAUGCUAUGUUAUCCUGUGAAACGGUGGGUGGCUGCUCAAAGACUUAUCCAUUCAGCUGAGCAGGAUCUGCUCUCCCAGAUUCAGGUGCUACACUCUCCCCAUUCGUCAGAGUGGUUGUCCAAUCUUGGGCCUCUUUGCAUGAAUACUAGGCAGAAAAUUCAGCAUGCAGUGGUCUGUAAAGCUACUACUAGUAGUAGAAGCAAGUGAGUGAUAUGAGCCCCCCCCAGUUUGCAGAGAAAAAUAUAGCAGCUGCCACAAGUCCAGGAAAAGUGUUUGCUCUCUCUGGACAGGCCGAUACCGUUCUAUGGCCCUGUAAAUUUUGCUAGCACAUGCUUAGCUUAUUAGCCGGUUUGGAAUUAUUUGGAAAUGCUGCCAGGGAACUUGUGUUUCCCUAACUCAGUGGAUUUGAUAUGGCUGAGCAGCGUGUAGACAUUACAUUACACCUGUGUGGACAAGCUGGAGCAGUGUGAAUCUGGCUUGUGUGGCACUGGUAGGUGCCUGAAGCAGAUCUAUGGCUGCAUCAGCAGGCGCCCACCUGACAGCUCAGCUCGUACGACUUACUGUGCCAGCACCCACUUGCUUUCAGACAUUUUGCAGUGGCACAGUGCAGGAUGAGUUACAAGCUGAGCACAUGUUGAAAAAAAAUCACACAGCUGCUUGGGCAUGUGCUAAGCAUACUGAUUCACUCAAGUUCUAUUCACAAUGCUCCUGUUUGGUGGUGUGAGUUGGCCCUGCGGCACAUGACAUCUUUCUUAGGCACUUUAGUAAAUCAGACUAGGCUUUCAGCAUUUUCCAGUCCUCAUACUAGUGAUAAUAACACUUAGCUUUUAUACAGUUCCUUCCAAGGAGUUAACAGUGAUUCACAUGCAUAAUCACAAUGAUCUUUACAAGAGCCUUGGAAAUCAGGUCAGGAGGGAGACUGAAGAUGAGAGAGGGCUGCUUGGCUUCAGGCUUUCUCGCGAGGGAGGUGAGAUUUAAACCAGGGACUCCCAGUUUUACAAUUUAAGACUGCAAAAAAUAAAACAUGAUCAUUCACCAUGGCACCUAUCUUCUAGUGCCAUUUUGUUUGUCUUUCCAUAACCUGCUGAUAUAGAAAUAGGUCUAUUAAAUGGCUGCUUGAUAGCUUGGUUUCAUUGCUGAUAUUAUCUGCAAAUGAAUGCUCACCAUCUUAAACAACGGAUAGAUUUGGCACAGUAUUUCCCAAACUUUGGUCUUCAGCUGUUUUUGGACUACAACUCCCAUCAUCCCUAGGUAGUCAGGAAUGAUGGGAAUUGUCCGAAAACAGCUGGAGACCCAAGUAUGGGAAACACUGAUCUAGCACUUCUGAAUAGGUCUGUAGCACUCAGCCAUAUGUAUUUAUUCAUAUCAUUGUUGCUCUGUUUUGCCUCCAGAAAGCUUAGCAGUGGUGUGCAUUGUUCUACACACACACAUUUUAUCUUUAUAACAGUAGAUUAAGCUGGGAGGUGCUUGGCCCAAGUCACACAGGGAGCUUCAUGACCCGAGUGGGGUUUUGAACCUGGGACUCCUUGGUCUAGUCUGACCCUCUGGCCACACUUGUUCUCAACAUUUCAGUGGCUUGAAGCACAGGCGUUCCUGUUCCUCACGGCCACAUGAGCCAGCUGUUUAGCUGUUUGCUGUAACAUGUUUUUUAUUCCGCUGCUUUUUCAUCUUAGGUGAAUCAUUUAUCAAAGAGACAUCCAGACAUGAAAAUAGAGGAGGUGCCAGAGCUAACAUUGCCCAUCAUCAAGCCCAACAGAGAUUAUUUCUGUCAGUACUGUGAUAAGGUAUGAAAUGAACCCACCUAUCCCUUGGUGCGUGCAUGGAAUCAUACUCCAUGUAUAAAUCUGUAACAGAUCUUGCAAUUUCCCCCUUUUCUGAUUCAUUUCUUUUCCUGUUGAGGAGAGGACCAAAAAAUAUUUCUGCCACUCUAAUAAAUUAAAUGGAAAGCACUUGAAGAAGAGAAGUUUGGGUCUGAGCUCACAGACUACUUCCUGGGAUCUAAGUAGCACAUUUCCAUAGAAGAGGUUCCAAGGUGCUUUACAAAUUGGGAGGUUUGUUGUAUUGUGCUGUUGGGUGGUGUAGAAGGGUCUCACUCUUAACAAGCAACAAGUCAUUUUCCCACUUGGAAUUUGUAGGAUUUGAAUGAGCUAUAGUUUCACACUGAAUGCCUAUGUUUGUCAAAGUCGAUCUAUGUUAAUCAGAAAGAUUGACCUAGUGUCAGGCAGGGGAGCACAAUCAGGAAAACUGAGAGAACUAAGGAGAAAAUAUUUACCUAGCAUAGUAUUUCCUAAAACUGAAUUGGAGUCAAAUAAGCUCAGAAUACCAGUCACGGACCUAUGCUCUGUUCUGUAAGGUACUCCAUAAAGUUUGUAUCAGUAAAUAUUGUGUAGGAUCCUAGAACUAAAGUCUGCAUCGGUGCAUACUAGAGAUUUAUCAAAUAUGUCAUUUAACUAUUGUAUUUAGAAUCUGGAUGGUGAAAGAAUAGUAAAUGGGUAGAUUGAUGAUUAUGAUAAUCUAUAUGCUGCCCAUCUGACUGGGUUCCCCCAGCCACUCUGGGCGGCGUCCAACAAAUCAAAACACAAUACAAUACAAUAUUAAAAACUUCCCUGAGCAGGGCUUGAACAGUAGAUUUCAAGUGCUUGCUAAUUGACUUUUUCAUGCUGAUGUGGUAGUUGUUCUAUAUUCAUUUAUAUGGCAUAGAAAUGUGUGAUGUUGCAUAGUGAUGCAGAACACCAGACGAAAGGCUCAGUGAUGGGACACCUGUGGCCCUUGGAUGUUGCUGGACUUCAGCUCCCAUCAGCCCCAGCCAGCAUGGCCAAUGGUCAGGAAUGGUGGGAGUUGUAGUCCAGCAACAUCUGGAGAGCCUCCACAGGUUUUCCAUCCCUGGGCUUUAUAGCUCUGUAACACGGAUAACAAUCAAAAUCUGCAUAUGCGAGUUGUAUGCGUAUAAGAAAACCAUGCAUCUGAUACGGCACUCAGCUGCUGAGGAUGUUUAUUACAGAGGCUUGCAUAUUGUGUGGUUGGAGAUAGAUGCCUGCUUUCAGCAGAGCGUUAUUCAUUCACGGUCCAAGUCUUCAUCUCACAGGUUUACAAGAGCGCCAGCAAACGCAAAGCCCACAUCCUGAAAAACCACCCAGGUGCUGAGCUCCCUCCGAGCAUCCGAAAGCUACGUCCAGCAGGCCCAGGAGAGCCAGAUCCCAUGCUAAGCACGCACACCCAGCUGACGGGCACAAUAGCAACGCCGCCAGUUUGCUGUCCUCACUGUUCCAAGCAGUACAGCAGUAAGGUACUGUGGGACUAUCACUCCAUCCAAAUGUGCGUACUGUUCAUGGAUACUUUCAGCAAUAACAGGUUUUAAUGUAUAGAUGCAAUAUGUCUAUUCUCGUAUUACAUGUUAUCAAGCAGCAGAGAUGCCUAAAUGUACCUCAUUCAUUAAACGGCAGACUAGACUAGGGGACUGAUAGUCAUGACUCUCAAAUCAGUUAGUUCCUUGGUUUUGCGUCGUGAUUGUGAUGCUCACCUCACUAACUAGUGCUUUUACUACUAAGGAUCCUUUUUAGGCAUUAGCUUGCUAUACAAGUGCCCUCCUUAGAUAGCUACCUCUUAAGGCCAUCCCAUUUGCAUCCUUCCAGAGCAAGUCGUGCAUCCAGGCACUAAGGAAGAGUAGAUAUCACCAGUUGUCACACACAUAGCUGUUCUAUGCAAUGAUGCACCUGCAAUUAGUAGGUUGCACUGCAGCCGUAUUGUUCCUUUCAGGAAUGGUUUAAUGGCUAGAUUAUAGAGACUGGCCUUGUACCUAAGUGCCAUAGCUUUUUAUUCACAGUGCUGAAUAGCUAAUCAUUUUUAGUUGUAUGCCACCCAGGUACCAUCUGGCAAAGAGUGGGUUUAUAAAUCCCAUAAAUCCCAUAAAUAAAAAACAAUGAAAGGCUGUGGUUUUGUGCUACUAGCCAAGCCACUUGUGCAAAAUGACCACUCGGUGGUCAGUACUGAUUUGAAGGUGGUAUAGGAAUUUAAUUCAUUAUCAUCAAACUAUCCUGUCAUCAUCAAACUAUCCUGUAUCUAUCUACUUUCCACCUCUCCACAGACCAAGAUGGUGCAACACAUUCGCAAGAAACACCCUGAGUUUGCUCAGAUUCCAACUAACACGAUACAUGUACCGUUGACAACAGCUGUAAUCAGUGCUACCCCUGCAGUAUUAACUUCUGACAGCACUGCUGGGGAGACCGUUGUGGUAAGUAUUUGAAGGUACAUAACAAAAUUAUGUAAAGAAGUAGAGCUAUCUUAGAACCAUUGGGAAAUUCCAGAAGAUUAUGGCCCAGUUCCGACCAAAUGACAAACCAUGGUUCCUUGUGACUAGUUAAAACAAACCAAGGUAUCCUAUCACAGUGUGACAACCUGGUUUGCUUUAAUUAAGCACAGUCAGAACAAACCACAAUUCCUUUAGUCUGACAUAAUGGGAAACCAUAGUUACUUAAAAAAUGAAAGUUGAAGCUUUCAGCCUUCUCUCAUGCAUGAAGAAGGGGGAGCAGGGGAGUGCACAAGUCCCAUGUUGGGUUUUCUGAGAACUCUAAAGGCUGCCUGAAGUGGAGUGUGAUACAGUUAUCCAGUCUCCCACAAAGUAUGAAUUAGGCUCUCCCACAUCAGAUGUUUCUUAGCAGACUGAUGAAUGUGAAAAGUGGUUCCUUGAGAGCAGGAAAUUUCGAAACCAUUGCCCUGCAGAUGGAACUUUACUCGCAUUCCCUUCUGGGCAGCCUUCUGAAUGCCACAUGCUAGUGGAGGGCAGGACCAGGUGCGAAAUCAGGCAGAGCAACAGAUGUAAAAUUAACCUUUGUACAGUAAGCUUGUUUCUACCCACACACCCCUCUCUGUUUUCCAUCCAGACAAGCAAAUAUCUUAAGAGUGCGAGAAGCUGGGACUGUAAGGGGGUGGCCUGUGGAGAGUGUAAAGGAUUUAGAUCUGUGGUUCCCAAUGUGGGGCAUCCCCCCACAGGGGGGCAAUUUGAUUUUUAAGGGGAGCAAUUCGAGAAUGAGUUAUUAACAGUUAAUAGCCUUUUAGGCUUCCUCCACAUGAAUAGGAAUUCACUUUCUGAAUAAUAAGAAUUAUACGCCAUGGGGGGGAGGACAUCAGGAUUUUAGAGAUGCUUAGGUGGGGCAUGGCCAAAAAAGGCUGGGAACCACUGAUUUAGACAAAGGCCUGGAGGGCCACAUUUGACCCACAGGCCUGAGGUUCCUCACCCAUGCCCUACAGAAUGUGGCUUAGGGUCUUUUGCAGAAGACACCUGGAGAUGUUUGCUGAGUAGGCCCAUUUUUCUAGCAUACCUCUUCUGAUUGUGGCACACUGUCAUCCGCAUAGCCUAGGCCUCACCAUUGGGGUAGAGGGAAGCUGCGUGUAAGGUUUUCUUUUAACUAUUCAGUUAUAGGUUUCUGUUAGUUAUGUCCUGUGCAAUGAAAUAAUUACCAGGUUGCCAAGUGUUCGCCUGUCUAUCCCUCUGCCUAUCUUCCCCUUCUUCAGACAACAGAUUUACUGACCCAAGCCAUGACAGAACUGUCGCAGACACUGACCACCGACUACAGAACUCCGCAGGGCGAUUUUCAGCGAAUCCAGUACAUCCCCGGCUUGCAGCAGCCUCAACACAUACUACAGGUUGUGCAAGUGGCUCCGGUGAGUGUUCUGUCUGGUUUGCUUUUGUCUUUCUCGGUGUCAUGGAUGCCUCUACUGUGCCUCUGUCUCAGAGGCACUCUUGAGAAAACUGACCAUCACCUGAAGGUGAACUAGGGAAGAAAGGUCCACCAGAGGGUUGGGGAAGAUGCAUGAAUUGCCCACCAGUUGGGUGUAAUAGAUACCGUAUUGGACUUGGGCCAGGGAGAUCUGGAUUCAAAUAUUUGCUCAGUCAUGAAACUCCCCAAGUGUACUUGAACCUAUCGCUCUCUCUCGGCCUAACAAGUUUCUAGUGAAGAUUUUUUUAAAAUGCAAGGAAAAUGCCAUGCACAAGCUCCUUGGCAAAAGGGUGGGAGACAGAUCAGAUUAGAUUAAUGGUGGCAGUGAGCACUGGGCAUAGUGCACGUUAGGAGGUAAAGUUUGGCCUCUGCUUUGGAGGGAUGGAAUUGACAGGUGGUCCCAAUGUAAAAACAAAAUACUCAGUGACUAGGAGGCAGGGGAGAAAUCACCUUGCAGGGUUAAUGGGAGAGUGAACUAUGAAAUAAAUUAUAAUUACUUGUCAGCCUUUCAGGUAGGCUGCGAAAGACAUGAGAUGUAUAGAUUUGAAAAUGCAGAGCAGACAAUCUUCUCAGCCCUAUAAUUUUAGUUGCUGCUGAUAACUGGCUAAACAGUGCUGUUGUUGAAGCAAUCUGAACAUUGAUUGAGUCCAUCUUAUUGCAGUCUUGCAUUUCCUUUGUGGUUAUUUCUCAUUAAAUGGCUAAAAUUAAUUAGGCUUUGUUUAGCAAGUAAUAGUCUAGAAAUGUUUUCUGUUUCCCUGGUGUAAGAUUCUACACCUAAUCAAAAUGUUAAAAGCAUUUUCAGAUACAUGAACAAAUCAAGAUAAUUACCUCCUGUUGGUGGUAAAUUUCUUGUUUAGCUUUAAGUGGAGAGUUUGAUUUUUUUUCAAAUUGUUUAUUAAUCAGCAACCCUGCCCUGCUAGACCAGUGAUGGCUCAUUAUUACUUGAUAUAUUCGUAUCAUGUUAGCCUCUAGAGGCACUAUGUCCAAGGCAUUAGGCCUGACAUUAGUUACAUUAUGGUAGCAAUGUGGUUGCUGCUGCCUCAAGACAAGAUUGCACACUGUUCCCAUAACAGAUGAAUGAGAAAGCACAUGAGAAUCACAAGAGGACAGUAAGGGCAGCCCUAGAAUUAGGCAGGGCAAUGUGGCCUGCUUAGGUGGCUGGUUUAGGAAGUACUCUCAAGGUCAGCAAAUUGUUAUUUAGUUUAUUUUUGCCAUCAUUUGGAUUUUCAGCCCCAGGCACUACAAUUUUGGGGGCCGUUUGUGAGAUACUCAGUGGCUUGUCAACCUGGGUUAUCCUGAAGCAGGCCAUGUAUCCCAGCACUGUCUGCUCUGAUUGGUAACGUCUCUCCAAGGUCUCAAGCAGAAGUUUCCCAGUCCUGCCAUGCAGUAUUACACCCUUCUAACCAGAGAUGCCAGGGAUUAGACCUCAGCCCAUCUGCAGGCAAAGGGUGUGCUCUGCCAUUACGCUGUAGUUCCUUCCCAUCUUGCUGACUACUUUGGGGAAACAAGACUAAAUAUUACCAUCUGGAAGGCUUUUAUUUCAUUCUUUUCGGCUACCUGCCAUGGUGGGCCAAUAGACUUAUGCAGAAGGAACCCUAAUCCUCAAUGUACAGUGGUACCUCUGGUUACAGACGCUUCAGGUUACAGACUCCGCUAACCCAGAAGUAGUACCUCAGGUUAAGAACUUUGCUUCAGGAUGAGAACAGAAAUUGCGCGGCGGUGGCGCGGCAGCAGCAGGAGACCCCAUUAGCUAAAGUGGUACCUCAGGUUAAGAACAGUUUCAGGUUAAGAACGGACCUCCAGAACGAAUUAAGUUCUUAACCCGAGGUACCACUGUAUUGUUCACUCCUGCAUCUUUCAAAUAGUUUCUGUGUUCUUACAUUACCAGACCAGAGUGGGAUAAAGCUACAGGGAAGCUAUAAUUGUGCCUCAGCCCCAAUAACAUGUGAAUCCAGACCCUGGAGUAAAAGGAGUAGCAAUUCUGAACUAAAUGCAGCCACAGCCCCAUCAUAUAUGAUGAUGACAAUGAUGCCACUCAUCUGGCUGGGUUACCCCAGCUGCUCUGGGCGGCUUCCAACAAAUCAGAACACAAUAGGACAUCAAACAUUUACGGGACGGAGUUGUGCUUUUAUGUUUCUUUCCUCCCAGGCUACCUCACCCCACCAGUCUCAACAUUCCACAGUGGAUGUCGGACAGUUGCAGGACACUCAGACAUACGCCCAGCAUGCCAUCCAAGUGCAGCAUAUCCAGGUCACAGAAUCAAGCCCAACAGCCCCAGCAUCUUCACAGGUCAGCCAUAUAUACAUUAUUUAGUUAUUUCUUACAGUGACUAACGAAACAGAAAUGUGAAAUUCUUUAUUUUAGCUUCUGCCUUCCUCGGUCUGUCUGAUGAAAAUGGGGGGGGGGGGGGAGGCAGCUGUUAUAGAAGUUUGAGGAUGCAAUAAUGCUUAGAGGGGCUCCAUUCACUGAAGCAAAGCAGCGCUGGUCCUAUCCUCCAGGCUGAAGCCAUGCUGUGUUAAUGCGUUCAGUGUGUACAUACAGACACUCUCCCUUUUUGCUAAAUCUGUUGCAAUUAUUGAUAAGUGGGACAGGCUGUGUAGGGACACGGGUGGCACUGUGGGUUAAACCACAGAGCCUAGGAUUUGCCUAUCAGAAGGUCGGCGGUUCGAAUCCCCGCGACGGGGUGAGCUCCCGUUGCUCAGUCCCAGCUCCUGCCAACCUAGCAGUUUGAAAGCACGUCAAAGUGCAAGUAGAUAAAUAGGUACCACACUGGCGGGAAGGUAAACGGCGUUUCCGUGUGCUGCUCUGGUUCGCCAGAAGCGGCUUAGACAUGCUGGCCACAUGACCCAGAAGCUGUACGCCGGCUCCCUCGGCCAAUAAAGUGAGAUGCGUGCCGCAAUCCCCGAGUCGGCCACGACUGGACCUAAUGGUCAGGGGUCCCUUUACCUUUAGGACAGGCUGUAGUUGCUUUUUAUCACCCUUGUUGUGAGAAAAACAAUGAAAAGCCCUUAAAUGCUGCUUUGGCUGAGGGUUUUUUGUUUUUUGUUUGCUUUAAACCCCAAACCAGUGUUUAUAAAUUAGAACUGUGUAAAGGCAUACCUCGGAGAUAUUGCAGGCUCAGUUCCAGACUGCCGCAGUAAAGCAAGUAUCGCAAUAAAGCGAGCCACACUUUUUAAAUUUUUGCUUCCCAGUUCAUAUAAAAGGCACACUAUACUGUAGUCUAUUAAGCCAGCACCCCCUGGCUGCAGAGGUGGGAGUGGAAAAACCCAUCUCCAGCCCUAGCGAGCUCUAUUCUUAUAGCCAGAAGAGGGGCAGUGGUGGUAGCAGGGGGCCAGGCUGCCUACAGCUACACCUGCGCCCUUGUAAGGGACAGCACCUGUAAAGUGUGGUAAAGCAAAGCACAAUAUGAGGUAUGCAUGGAUUGGCCUAAAUUGUGUUUAUUAGUUCCAAGGCAAAAGCACUGAAACAACAGGUGGUGUUUGUAGCUCAGUUGUGAAAGUAGAUUUAGUCACCGCUUAUGGGAAAGUUGUUGCUGUAAUUUGCUGUAGGUGAAAAGUGCUAUAUUCAUAACUUUUGUCUUGCCUUGUGUUGUUGCUUUUCACUGAUUGAGAAGAUUAGUGACAGGACCUUUCAAGUGGAGGUAAGGUAACUAAUAUAGUAUUGAGAUCCUGAAGAUCUAUGCUGCAACUGACACUUCUGUUAUUCCAGGUGGGAAGUCAGCCCUUAAGUCCUUCAUCCCAACCAUCUCAGCAGGAGCUCAGCCCUUCCCAGAUGCAGGCAACCAGCUCGUCACAAAGCCAAACUCUCCAAUCACAGCAAGGUUCUUCGGUCCAGCAAGCAUAUCUUCCCAGUUCAUGGAAUUCAUUCCGCAGCUAUCGUAAGUAUGCAAAAAGGGUCUGCUACCGCUUGCUCUCAGAGGUGUUAGAAAGCGCCUGCACCUCAUUCGCAGUUUCCAAGCUGUGAUUUAAUAAAUAAUGGUUGAGAAGCCCCUUAAAGAAGCACAGCUGUAAGGCUCCUUUGUAUUACAUAUCCAAGUCUUUUAUUUUCCAGGUUGAGCUACAAGCCAUACAUUUUCUGACGUCUUAUACAAGCAGGCCAACUUCUUGUUCUAAUUGCAUUGCUUUGAGUAGGGUGUUGUGUAAACUGAAAACAAUAUUCAUAGCAUCACGCAGCUGAUAAAAUUUUGUAAGCAUCACUAGAUGCUUAUGUUAAUACACCACUACAAGAGAGGGUGGGGAGGCACAUUUUCCUUGCUUCCUUUAUUAGAAGGCCAAUGAUACUUAAAUUUCAUCCAUAAAUUGUAAAAAAUUGUAAAAAAAAUUACAAUUAGGGCUGGAGGGGUUAUGCUAGGAGGUCCCAGGUUUAGCUCUGACAAGUCACAAAAAGAGUUUACAGAGAUCUCAGAAGGCACCUUUUGUUUUUUAAAAGUACUUGUAGCCUACAGAUGCUAGGGCCAAGUGUUUUCAGACUUGAUCUUCUCAAUAUAUUUAUAUUUAAAAGCCACAGGCUGAAAUGUAGAUUUCAGUGAGCUUCAGGUAAACCCACAAGGCUUACUUUGACCUUCUGAAUGUUUUUUUGUAUUGAUGGUGUUUAAGUGAGAGUCCUGCCCUCCUUAUAUGAGAGCAGGCCUGGGGCUAAAUUCAGUGAGGUUAAGACUACAUCUUAACUCUAUUUCUUUAUCUUCUGAAUUUUCCCCUCUAGCCUCUGAUAUUCAGAUGAUGACCCUCCCACAGGGCCAGUAUGUGAUUGCGGAGGCAGCCGUAGGAACUCCUGUCACUACAGUGAACACAGGGCAAGUGAAAACAGUCGCCCAGGUAAGAUGACUGAGGAAAUAUAAGGAAAGCACUUGGAACAUUUGAAAUAUGUUUCAUACCUCCUAAGCAGCAUUAUUAUGGGUGGUCAAAGAAACAUUCAGAAUUCUUGGUAAUAAUAACUGGAAGCUAUUGUAUAGGGCUUUUUCUAAAUGUUCCAGGAUUAAUCCCAUAUUAUGGAUGUGGGGACUGAGAGUGCCUAAGAGUAAAAUUGCAUCUUAUUCUGGCAAAGUCAGAUCACAUGUAUGCUUAGCAGAAUGAGUCAGUUAUGUUCAUGAAAUCUGUUAUUUUAGAAAUAUUAAUUCGUCCCUUUUAUAUAUGCUAAUCCCUCAUCUUGGUUCAAAGGUAUAUGUGUAUGUGAAAAUGGCAUCCCCGGCACUCCCAGGGCUGGUGCAGCAAGUGGACCUUGCCCAGCAAGCAAGGUCAAGAACUUAACAGUUCUUUUAGCAGCAGGUGUGCUUUUUAGCUCUUGGGUUUGUUUGCGGGCAAGGCCCUCUCAGCACACUGGCCCUGGAAGGCUAGGGAUGCUCACAUUAACUUGUGAGAGCAUCCCAGAGCCUUCGUAGUCAGUGUGCUGAGUUGGCCUUGCCCAGCAAGCAAGGUGGAGCACUUAAAAACCAUUUUCACACCAGGUAGCCCCUAGUGGACCUGGUGCGAAACGAGCUUUUUGGCUCUCCGCCUUGCUUGGGACUUGUGCAGUUUCAGCCAGCCCACCUUCAGCUACUUAUGGUUGAAAUCAGGCAAGUCGGAUGCAUGUAAGAUGAGGGAUUACUGUAUCAAGGAACAUUUAAGGAAUAACUAACCCAGCUCGAAGACCUGCUCUAAAUAAUAAAUCACUUGUGUGCCACAGGGUGCAGCAAACACCAGGUUAUUUUACAGUUCCUACUUUUAUUGACGUAACCUAUAUUUUUUGUGUAUUCAUAACGUACAACAACCAAAGUUGAGGCAGAAAUAAGUUAUUGAGGAUAUGAGAGAAAAAUAUUAAAAACAGGAUAACCUAUGUUGGUUUCUUUUCCUGUAGACACAUUACGUAUUAGCUGAAGGUCAAUCUGACUUGGAUGUAAAGCCAAACCUCUCACUUUCUAGUAGCAUAGAAGUGGGUCUGUCUCAGCCACCGACACAUUCUGACUCCUUGGAAUCACAAACGGCGAAUCAGCAGCAAACAACGCAAUACAUCAUAACCACCACAACCAAUGGCAAUGGAAGCAGUGAUGUGCACACGGAAAAGCCAUGA